AUGCAAGACGGGAAGAAAGCAGCAAGCACCAAAGGGAGCAGGGCUCCGUCCGGUGAAGCGGCUGCUCAGCACCCUCUAGAUCCACUGAGACGGUAAGUCCAUGCUGGACCAAGGCGGUCUAGCCUGGAGUCACUGUUAGUAGCCCAGAGAUAAGCUUUCUGCCCAUCCAUUGUCAGGAUUCUUAAAGGUUUUCGAGGGUCAUCUCGUUCAAGCUCAUAAUACCAUGACUGUAAUGCCUGUAUGCUGGUCCAACAUUUCUUGGUUUCAGGGACAGAGACCCUCCCUGUUUCUGGGACGCUUUGAUCCCUUGUUAAUUCAUGCUUUUGUGAAAGGACUGGUUGGUUCUCUUACCUGGGUAUGCAAGGGCUUUCAAGUUGACAGGCCUCCAGCGGAUGUGCUCUGUAAAGAAGAAUGGAAGGAUCUAGGUAUAGUAAAGCACAAAGAGCAAUGGCUUUCGGCUGUGCAGGAAAAGAAAGAAAGUUGGAAUGAAGCAAUGAUUUUAAACCACCAGAGGUAGAUUUAAAUAUGAAGGAAGAGGUGAAGUGAAGUCUUUCUAGGUUAAAUACACGCAUACAUAUACAUGAGCCGGAGAGAGAGAGAGUAUACACACACUCCACUUUGGGAGAAUUGAAGCAGGACCGUGAAUAAGUUAUCUAUAAUACCCAAGUAAAAAUUGAGUAAUGACUGCAUAAUGGAAAGGAUGUUUGUGUUGAGAGCCAGUGUGGUGUAGUGGUUAAGAGCAGUGGACUCGUAAUCUGGUGAACUGGGUUCGAUUCUCCGCUCCUCUGGUGACCUUGGGCUACUCACACUUCUCUGAAGUCUCUCAGCCCCACUCACCUCACAGAGUGUUUGUUGUGGGGGAGGAAGGGAAAAGAGAUUGUUAGCUGCUUUGAGACUCCUUAGGGUAGUGAUAAAGCGGGAUAUCAAAUCCAAACUCUUGUUGUUGUUUAUCAGAUUUUUAAUAGAACAGAUUGCUAACGUAGGAAGUGUGUGGAGUAUCCUCUGAAGCUUUCCGAAGGGUUGAGCAAGGAUUGUGAAGUGGAGCCCAUCUCAAACUUAUCCUUCCAAAAGAGCUGCCUUCCCCCAGUUCUGCUUGUGCCUCUCCUUGCACACAGGGGUCCUCUUUCUGUCGUUGCUCAGUGGCAGAAGGCAAGCUUUGCGCAUGGAAGGUCCCAGUUCUCAUCACUGCCAUUUCCCUUAAAGAUGAAAAGCCCUGCUGGGAAGGGCUUCUCCCUCUGCUGAAGUCCCUAGAGAACUUUUGGCACUCUGAGUAGGUAGCACUGGGCAGGCUGAUCAGCGGACAGACUCGGCACGGCAUUGAUAUACGUUCCUUAAUGGAAGUCAAUUAAGAGAGCGGAUUGAGGUAUGUGCUUCUGUAUAAUUCUGUGCCAGCUCUUAUGGCCGCCUCUCAGCAAUUCUUGAGCUGUGAUUCCUGCAUUGCAGGGGGUUGGACUAGGUGGUCCAUGGUGAUUCCUUCCAACUCUACACUUCUGAUUUUAUUGUAGUUGUUGCAGGCCUUUCUGGCAAAAUGCACAGCAGAAAUGUGUUUCGAUACUAUAAAUGGCCCUGUAAUCCUCGAAUGAAGGGUGGUAUAUAAAUUUAAUAUUUCCCCCCCUUUAAACAGUGAGCUGAAGUUGGUCAUAGCGCUGAAGAGGAUGCAUCUUUGGUCUCAAUGACUCCAGGUGCAUUGCUGAGCCUGCUCAGCGGCUGAUGGGGGUCGAUGGGGGGUAUGGAUGGAUGAACUGUUUUGUCCUGCUUGGGCUGCAGUGAAAAGGCCAGUUGCAGGCCAGACAAGAGACUGCAAAAAACCCUGUGUUGAUUGUGUCCUCUCAGCCGUCUUGACUGUGAAGUCUAAGCCAGUGGUUGCAUGGCGAGCUAUAGCUCAGGCAACUACAGAUGCGGGCAUUUCAUUGGGGUCCUGUGGCCUAAGCCUGGCUUCCUACAGUCAAAGCCCACUGAGCAUAAAACACAAGGAGCUGCUCCUGCAAAAGCCCCGCUGAAAUGGGCUUGGGUAUUUCACCAGGACAUGCAUUGGACCCUGUUUCUUGGGCACUAGAAAGGAAGGGAACAAGAAAGAGCAGGUUUAGGAGGGCAGCUGUUCCCUCUGUGAUACCAUAGGAGGGAGAUGACUCCGCAGGAUUCUGCUGUGAGAUUGAGAAGACACUGAUAUGAGAUCCUCCCUUGAGGUCAUGCGCAGGGUUUUGUUGCCCUCACUUCUCAAAGCUCAGUGCAUUCUCCAAUUUUUGAACAGCUUUCAAAGAGGACCAGGCAGGAGGAGAGUUGCCAUAUUUUAAAAGGUGAAAAUAUGGACAACUUUCUUGGGCAAAGUUAUUGAACUUUUUUUAGUUUUGCCCAAAGUUAUUGAGCUUUUCUUGCAAAAAUCUCAAAAUGAGAUUUUAAGUAAAUUUGGCGAAAUCUAGACUUCCAACAUGGGUUGCCAUGCGUCUGGAUUUCCCCUGACAUUUCCAUGAUUUCUGCCCAAAUACUGCUCUUGACUUCCGUAUUCCAUCCAUGUCUAGGAAAUUCUGGACGUAUGGCAACCCUAUUUUCAGCUACUGGCCACCGUGGAGCUGAUCCACUGUCAGAUGCACCAUGCCUCUGAAUACCAUGCCUUAUGAAUUAAGGUACUUUUGAUAAAUAAAUGCCUUAGCCCGGGGCUGGUUCCCCAUGGCCUGACAUUUUACCAACCACUCAGCAAUAACAUACAUUAGAAAAAGAAACCAAAAUAUACCAAUUGUAAAACAAGUGAAGGAAUUUAUUUGAAAAGACCCAAGGUGAGAUAUGGCAGAGGAUAAGUAUUAAGGGAUUUGUUAACUGAAAUGGUGACUGUACUCUAAAUUUCAUGGUAGGUUCUUGUAAUGAGAAUGAGUUACUCGUGCGUAAACUGGUGCCUCUCUAGGCUAAUUUGCCUUGUUAAACCUUUCUGACUGCACAGCCCUUUCUCAUCGUGACUGCCUCAGUCGCUGGCAGAAUCCGUCAGUGGGCGUUUCUUGAACCUCUUCCAACAUAAAAGUUGUUUGACACCCAGUCUCCUCCUCCUCUCACUGCGCGGGAGUCUUCUGCGCAGGGAGGGCGUGGGUAGCGGAGGACCUGUGCCCUCCUCACUGAGGUCCAGUGAAGAGUCCUGGAGCCCUCUCUCCGAUUCCCCAUCUGCCCCCUUUAUCCCUGGUGUUGCGCUUAAAUGCUUCCCCCUCUACUGAGCUGUUUCUCCCCCUGCUGCUGGGUCCUUCGCCAGCAUCAUCUAGGAGCCUCCCCUUCGCCUCUCGCUCCGAUGUCAGUUCCCUGACAGUUCUUAAGGCAAUCUUUUUCUAAUGGAUUAAGAUGCUGUUGGUUUCAUGGCAUAGUAUUUUGCUAUGAUGGAGGGUGGCAAGGGAGGUCCAGGAGAAAGCUGGUUGGUAUGGAUUAAGCGCAGUGGUCAGCAAACUUUUUUAGCAGGGGGUUGGUCCACUGUCCCUCAGACCUUCGGGAGGGCAGGAGUAUAUAUUGGGUGGGGCGAAUUCCUAUGCCCCACUGAGGCAAGGAAGACGGGCUACCCCUAUGCUAUUCAUAUAAUCAGUUAUCAGUAAUCAAUAUAUUCAUAUAUGCUCACACAUAAUCAGGGCUUACAGUAUUUUAUAAUCCAUUUUGAAUCAAAGGGAAGCUGUGCCUUAGCUAACCGCAUACUGCUUGAAACAGCAGAAUUAGGAGCCGACCUUUCCCCUACAAACAUCCGUGUACCCUGGACAAGGGGAAGACGUGAAUCAGAGAUACUGGUACAAAAUCCCCUCAGAUACAGGCUAAAUUAAUCCACAGAACAGGCAGAGCAAACCACAAAAUCUCCAAUACUCCCUGUCCUGUCAUAACUAGGGGAGAGGUUAGACAGAGCGUCACUGCAAGCAGCGGAAAACAGAACUAGAACUCCGUGAUUGACCAGUGCUUGACCAGGAGCUGGAAGCUUGGCAAGAAGCUUGCUAAUUGGUUAAUUUUCACUGGCAAUAUCGUGACUGCCUCAUGGUUGUCUCAUGAUCUAUGAUUUGCUGUGAUCUGCUCAGGUAUAAAGACCUCUGGAUUUCUGUCAAUCGGGGUCCCAGUUCCUUUUGGAAGAGAUUCCAAACUGGGUCCUUAUUGCCUGGCAAUAAACUUCACCUUCUGCGUCUGCCUGAUCCUUAUUAACGCCAAGCGAGUACCUGCUUACGUUCACGUGCUUCACCACAAAUAACCCAGAGAUGCAUUUUAAAUAAAAGCACACAUUCUACUCAUGCAAAAACACGCUGAUUCCUGGACCGUCCGCAGGCCGGAUUUAGAAGGUGAUUGGGUCAGAUCCAGCCCCCAGGCCUUAGAUUGCCUACUCAUGGAUGAAGGGGAGGGAUCCUUUCACAAUCCAAGUAUUUCUUGUAAAUUGUCAUGGAGAGUCUGAAGUGCAACCCUCAGCACCUCCACUUUGGAACUCCCUGCGUAGUGAUAUUAAGCAGACGCCUUCGCUGUGCUUUCCCCCCCAGUCUGCUAAAAUCAUCUUUGUAUAUAGGCAAGCCUACCUGGAUGUUCAUAAAGAUGGUGCGAGUUUUAAUUCAUUUCUGUUUGAGCUUUCUCAAAGCCUUAAAUUGUUAGUAAUUCUUCUUACUGAUCAUUUUAUCAUUAUACCUUUUUCCGUAAACUGCUUUCCGGUUUGUUUAUUGGUUCAUACAAUCAGACAAUGUGUAAUUUUUAUGAAACAAACAGAUAAUAAAAAGAUUGUGUGGUAGCUGUAACUGGGGAGUAGUGUGUCUGACCAAAAAGCAGCAGCAAAGUUAGUUGGUGAGGAGGUUUUAUGCCACCCAAAAAUUGCCGUGGGCAGAUGUGUUGCUGAGCUGAGGGGGACGGAGUCAGAGUUGUGAAUGACAACCCUGAACUGUAGCCCAGUGUGACUCUUCUGUUGUGUUCCUAUUGUAGUAGCAUUGCACAUUUGGACCAAGGUGUUCAGAGACCAUCGGGUCUGUUUCUGGUCCGAUAACCAGGCAGCGGUGAGCGUUUUGGCAAAGCAGUCUUCACGUUCCAGCAGAGUCUCGGCCCUCUUACACCCUUUCGUUCUGCACUGCUUAAGGUUCAAUAUUGUGUUUUCUGCCUGGUUAAUUCCAGGAGCUUCUGACGACAUUGCUGGUGCUCUGUCCUGCUUUCAUCUGGAGUGCUUCAGGUCCCUGGCUCCAGAUGCACAGCAGCUGCCUGAGUUUUUUCCCGGAUCAUCUAUGGAACCUUGGCAGCAUUUAGGUUUACAGGGAGUAGCGGCUUCCCCUUCCCCUUCUACACUUAGGUCUUAUAAGAAGGCCUGGACUGACUUCUUAGCCUUUCGCUCGCAGUUCUUGGCUAUUGAUAGGAGUUUGUCUCCAUCUACUGAGCAGGUGCUGCAGUAUUUGGCGCACCUGUUGCAGCUUGGUCGUGCCACUAAGACUAUCAGGAUUCAGUCGGCUGCAAUUUCGUUGUUUAGCAAAUCACUAUUUUCUAAAGACCCUUGCGCUAAGUUUAUCGUGUGCAAAGCCUUGGAGGGCUGGAGUAAGCUUCCACCUCCCAGAGCAUUAGGGAGGAAGCCUGUCACAUUUGACCUUCUGUGCCGCAUUCGCAGUAAGUUAAGACUUAUCUGCAGGACAAAAUAUGAGGCUAGAGUUUUUUCAGCUGCAUAUUCCAUUGCAUUUUUCGGAGCUGCACUGCAGGUUGGUGAGGUGGUGCUGGAAUCUGCCCAGGGUCGAGUUACCAGAGGUCUCUUGCUGCAGGAUGUAUCCUUAUCAGCAGCGGAACUCGUCAUUACUGUCAGGAACCCCAAGACUGACCAGUUGGGCAGAGGCGCCACGGUUAGGCUGCCUGCCACUGGUAGGGAAGGCCCUUGCCCAGUUAAGGAUAACAGGAAAUAUAUGGCUCUUCGUCCCCCUGGGGCUAGCCCAUUCUUAGUGCAUGAGAACGGCACCCCAUUAGCUAGGCAUCAGUUUACGCGGGUGAUGGGUAAAGCUAUUUCAGCCUGUGGCUUGUCCCCCACUGAAUAUGCGCCUCAUUCUUUUCGCACAGGCGCUGCCACAACAGCAGCACCUUGGGGCCUGUCAGAUGACAGGAUAAAAAAUAUGGGAUGCUGGAAGUCUGACGCUUACAAGGGUUAUGCCAGGAAGCGUCACCAGCAGUGUGUGUUCUGAUGCCUGCUUGCUAUUCCCUUCUUCUCAGGUCUAGCAGCCGUGCGCAUUUGGAUUGUUGGCCACAGCAUUGUGCACUGGGCCAGUCUGCGGGCUGCGGAGUCUGAACUGGGGCACUGUCUUGGCCUUCCCAACCACGUGAGCGUAUCCUGGGUGUCCAGAUGUGGAAUGCGAUGGGAUGAAUUACUCCCAGUGGUGCGGGCAAAGGUGUCCUGUGAAGGACCUCCCACAGCGAUGGUGGUGCAGCUGGGCGAGAAUGAUUUGGUGUUGGUACACAGCUUAAGUUUGCGUUCCCGCAUGCAAGAGGACUUGGAAGAGCUGGCGGCCGCUCUCCCUGGACUCAAAAUAUUUUGGUCACAAUUGCUACGGCGACGUGCGUGGCUUGGUAGCUUUGGCCCAACUGCCAUCGAAAAGGCCAGGAAGCGCACGAAUAGUGCCGUGUCCAAGAAGGUUGUUGCUCUGGGAGGCGCUGUUAUCCGCCAUGAGGACAUUAACUUCAAGAAUGCUGCCUUGUACAGGCCAGAUGGUGUGAAUCUUUCCAAUGCUGGAAAUGAUGUUUGGCUGAGCGAGGUGUCAGUGGGGUUGAUGGGUUGGUUGCAGGUGUGAGUGGUUUGGCAGAUAUACCCAUUUUAGCACAGAAAUUUGGUCUUCUAUUUCUAGUUUUUCUGCUGCUUUAAACAAAUACAUUCAGAUGCCUACCAAGCCAUCAGAUAAUCGUGAGUGCCUCUUCAGCACUGAGAUACCCAUUGGCAACAAGAUAACUAUUGGCCAGGACAUUCAUAGUCAUUGAUUGAUUGGUUCGUUGGUUGAUUAUUAUACUUACACAUUAUUUUAAAAAUGUCAUUUUAUCAGCUUCAAACAACAUGGUAUUUCAAGUUUGCUGAUGAAUGGGUCUUUCUUUCUUUCUUUCUCUCUCUCUCUCUCUCUCUCUCUCUCUCUCUAUAUUGCACCUUCUUCCCUGAUGGAACCUAAGGCGGUGUACAGAUAAAAACAGGAACUGCUUAUAACCCCAUUCACAGUCAGUCAAUGGAUAUUGAAUGUACGUUGGCAAUGAGAAGAGAGAUCACAUGCAUUAUCCAUGUCAAAUCUGCACACAUUCAUUUGAAUGGGAGAACAGAGUGUACACUCAUACAAAUCUGUGUGUCAAGGGAGCUAGCCUUUUCCCCCCCGGGAACAAGAAUAUUGCUAUUCUCAAGUGAGCUAAUUUGAUAACAGAGUAUGGCUUCAUCCACUCACGCAUUUAACGUUGCUGGAUUGUUUAUCUGAAAAGGGUUUAAAGUUUUAUAUAAUGUGACCUUGAUAUGAGAAUCCAGGAUUUGACAAAAGGAUGUUAGUGCUUCUGUAUUAGUACCUGUGGAUGUUUCCUAAAUAGGCAAUAAAUAGACUGGGGAGAUGAGUUGUUGGCAGAUGCUAUGUGAAAGCCAAACUACAAGUUUAACAAUGUACUUAUGAUGGACUAUUUAUUCCUCCUUAAUAAAAAGUAGCUAGGUGCCCCCAGUCUGGAAUGAUACCAAGGGCAGUAGAGUGGCAUUAACCUUGCAUUGUUUUUCUACUGAAAAUUCGCCUCUGAAGCUUCUAUUUAGCUCCAGGGGUACUAUUUGCAGCAAAUGGUGCUACAUUACCACUCAGGGCUUAUUCACACUUCCAUUUGCCCUGUUUCUUCCCUACAGGGAAGCCCAUUCUUUAGCGAUGAAUUGGAACAAAUAGCAAUCGGGUUUUUGGUGGAUUGCUGUUUGUUCCAAUUUCGCACUAAAGAGUGAGAUGGGAAAACACCAUCCCUAGCUGCUACUACUACCUAGAGCAAAGUCAGACGUGUGAGAGGGUAGAACAUAUGGAGAAUUCUGCUAACUGAUAUUUAGCAUGAGCCUCCUAUGCAUAAACCAUCAGCCUUCACUUGACUUGCUCUCUUGAUUAUAGCUACAGCUUGCCUCUUGAGCAAGUAGUAGCUACUAUUCUUAGAAGGAGUUGUGUAAUGGGACCUAAAAGUGUAGCAAAUUCAGUUAUAUUUCAAGCUCCACAUUUUGGCUCCAUAUGCAAAUGAUUCCAUGUCCAGUGCACUCAAGAUUUUCAAAUACUUUAUUUGCAGUAUGUUAAGAACCUGGUGAAAUAAUUACAACUUUCCCUCAACUUCCUUUCAUUACACUGUGCUUCAGUUAGACGCCCGAGUUGGACAGCACUUAUUUCAGGGUAAUGGCAAACUAAUGUACCUUUCCCUGGACUUCAGCUCAUUAGACCAUUCUUCCACUAGACUGUGCUGAUUUCUUUAUACUUUCAACCUGUAUUCAAACUCCCACUGCAACAAUUUUAUGUGAAAUUUAGAGCUAACAGAUUGUAAAGUUAGGCUAUCCACUACUAUCUGAGAUGAUGUACAGUGUCCUUCCACCUGCUCUUGUUAACAAGGUCCUCAGAAAUUCAUACUUGAUCUUCCAUUCAUGUGUUUAACCAGCAUUUGCCCUCAGACUGAAUCUUUCAUGUGCUGUGCUGGCAAAAUGAAACAAGGGCUUUAAAUUGUAUCAGUACUCUGUAAGCCAGGUUUUGUGGAAAGUUUAUGAAUGUCACUUUGUAAAUACAAUCAGCACCAUUUUGAAGAUUUUGUGUGGACACAUAACAUACGGAUCAACAGCUCGUAUGGAUCAAUGUUUUUUUCCUGGCAGAUCAUUAAAACAGGUAGGUGGCACUUAUAAAUUUUGUACAUUUAAAACCCUAUUGUCCUGCAACUUAAAAAAGAUUGUAAGGAAAGUUGAGCAAAAACUAUUCCCCUUGCUUUGCUUUUGAGUCACAAAAAACUCCUGUUUUCCAUCAUUUUUGGGAGGAAGUACCUGAAAGUGAUUCAAUGAAGUUAAUUAUGAGCCAGAGGGAGUCUGGGAAAAUGGUCUUGGUGGUGAGUGGAAAAGCGUAUUUCCAGCAACUGGCAUUCGGAAGCAUUUCUGCCUCCAGCCAUGGAGGCAGAGCCAUCUUGGUUAGUAGCUGUCAACAGCCCUCUCCUCCCCAAGAGGGAAGCCUUCCACCUGACCCCUCAAGACUCUCUUUAUGGUGUGAGGCUAAGGCUGUAAUCCUCACAGCACUCGGCAGGGCUUAUUUAUGCCUCCACAUGGCGAGGAUCACAUGGUAUGUUUUGAAGCAAACAACACGUCUUGAGUGCGCUCAGUGUCGGAUGCGGCUGGGACACUGGACUGCUUUUUUGUAAAGGAGCAAAUGAAGACAUCUGAAACCGGGGUUGCUGUCACAACAGUUCGGUCACUUCUUGCACAGCUGACCUUUGGCAUCAUGUGUCUGCCGCACACCAGCUGCCUUGAAGGCGAAAAACAACAUAAUCUCCCUGCUCCUGCUGGGAACCAUGGGCGGGGAGCAGAGGCUGGGGAGAGGGGACCAGGAUGGUUUGGAGACAUUGAUGGGUGAGGGGGCGACGUGCUUUGCCGCAUUUUAGAGAGCCACCCCCUGAGAUCCACAUAAUGGUCACCGCCUUGGCCAGAAAGUGCUGGACCACUGCCAGCGUGCGUUGAGCGCAGUUAUGCUCUUACUUGGAGGUGACGUUCUUCAGGAGUUGCCAGCCUGCCCACGAUCUCCAAAUGCUUGUAAUUCAGUACCCUGGAGAUGUAUUAGCUAGUCCUGCCGCCCUCCUGCCACCUUCAUUUAUGGCUCUGCAAAACAGACAGCUAAAAAUAGCCAGGGGCUGGCGGUGAUGAAAUUGUAAUUGCUCAUUGCAUGAAAUGCCAGGGUAUUCUGCCAAGGCGCUGAGCGCCCCUCGGUUCAAGACCCGGGAAAACCAUUUAGAGGGAAGGGUUUGCAAUAGGAUGAGGCGUCUGGCCCCUGCUGGGUUAUUUUUCUUUACUAAGGCAUAGCCAAGCAGGCAGCACCAUCAAAGAAACUGAGACGGCCUGGAGACUCCCAAGUUGGUCACAAUGCUGAGUUCUUCUGCAAAGCUGCCUUUUAGGUUUUUGGUUUUCAGCUGAAACUAAAGCAGAACAAGGCAUUCUUCAUCUGCAGUUUUUGAACCCCUCUGCAGGCAGCUAGGUAAAUUGCAUGUUAGGUUGGCAUCCGGGAGACAAUGGAGGGGGUGAGGUCAAACUGUUGGCAGGUUGCAGCGUCUGCUGUGGCUGUAGAAGCCGAUGCAGGAGAGACAUGUUUUGUUGCAGCUGGGGCAGGUGAAGGCAUCUGGCAGGUGCAACAGGGUGUUUCUUCUCUCUCUGCUCCUCCCGGCAGUCAUUCCUCCUCUGAUCACUGCUUUGGAUACACUACUGCCUGUCUCCAGUCACUGCAGUUGUAUCUCUGAUGGUGGUAACUCAAGGAACUCCAACGGCUUCCUCCUGGUGGGUGGGUGGGAAUCGGGGAGGUGAGGAAUCUGUUCUUUGUUCUGCAAGCCCUCUGUGUCCUUGUAGAUAAGGGGGUUGGGGAGCUUAGUGUUGGAAAAUGCUCUGGGGGUGCCAGCAAGUCCCCGGAACUCCGAACAUCCUCUGGUACGCGCAGCUCUGGAAAAGGCAUCUCUUUUCUCUUCCAGUGCUCUUCUAGCGACAUCAUAAUGAUAUAUGCACACUGAUCUUCUGGCAAAACACAGCAAGAAGUGUAAGAUAUCGUGGAGCUAAUCUACUAUUUAUUUACACGCUUUGUACAGACAAAAGCCUAACGGCGUCCAUUCACUUCAGGACACUUAGUCCAGUAAGAAGGGCAAGCUCCUGAGAUGCUUCUGCAGCCUCUGUCCUCUCCUCCUCUGCAACAUUUGCUGAGUCUGAACCACUUUCUGCACCUGGCUCUUCCGGCUCGAGAAAGCCUGCUGCCUCUUCAGCACCCCACCAUUCCUCUCCUCCUCCUCUCUGCCCCACCACCACUCCCCAGGCUCUGAGCCUUCCUCCUCUGCCCGGCUGGUGCUUCCCACCACUGCUCAUCAUCCAACCCCCCCCCCCAUCACCACAAAUUGGGACUUAACAGCAGAUAGAAUUAAGUCCCUUAGGAGAUGGCAUUCCAGGGCACACCUGCGCCCCUGAACGUACACUGUCUUGUUUAUUUUCUUGGUUUUUUGAGGAUUGGCCACCAAGAAGGUAUGGAUUUGUGAGCACAGGGUUGUGUAUUGGGCCAAAGUCCGCAUAGUUUCAUCCAAGUGGGGCAGCAGCCUGGGCUUCCCCUCAAAUCUAGAGGCCCAGGUGGGGGCUAGGGCCACAGCACUCCCCAGGUGCAAUCCAGCAAGGGACUACUCUUUGAUGCAGGUCAAGAACUCGCUCAUUUCCAGUCGAACCCAAAUUAAGUCUUUCCACCAGUAGUCAAUAAAGUCGUGACCUGAUUUGACCCAAAUACUAGUUGCCAUUUCUCUUUAUUCAUUGAAUUUAAGGGGUGGUGUUCCGUAGGACAGGGGGAUGCAUGGGCACCUAAGUCCGCGCCAUUGAGCACCGGCACUUCCUCCACCAUGAACAAUCCGAUGAGGGAGACCCAUUGGGUCACUUUGUGGGCAGUAAAGAAGAAGAGGAAGAAGAGUUUGGAUUUGAUAUCCCGCCUUUCACUCCCUUUAAGGAGUCUCAAAGCGGCUAACAUUCUCCUUUCCCUUCCUCCCCCACAACAAACACUCUGUGAGGUGAGUGGGGCUGAGAGACUUCAGAGAAGUGUGACUGGCCCAAGGUCACCCAGCAGCUGCAUGUGGAGGAGCGGAGACUCAAACCCGGUUCCCCAGAUUACGAGACUACCGCUCUUAACCACUACACCACACUGGCUCUCCAAAGGAUGUCCUUGGGUUGAGCUUGCUGUCCAGGAAGUGGAUCCUUGCCGCUUGGUCCCUGGGCAUACAGUGGUGCCCCGCAAGACGAAUGCCUCGCAAGACGGAAAAACCGCUAGACGAAAGGGUUUUCCGUUUUGAAGUUGCUUCGCAGGACGAAUUCCCCUAUGGGCUUGCUUCGCAAGACGAAAAUAUCUUGCGAGUCUUGAGAUUUUUUUUCGCUUCCCCCUUUAUCUAAUCUGCUAAGCCUUUAAUAGCCUUUAAUAGCCUUUUAGCAGCUAAUCCCCUAAGCCUUUAAGCCUUUAAUAGCCGCUAAACCGCUAAUAGCGCUAAUAGCGCUAAUCCGUCAAUGGGCUUGCUUCACAAGACGAAAAAACCGCUAGACGAAGACUCUCGCGGAACGGAUUAAUUUCGUCUUGCGAGGCACCACUGUAUAACCAAGGCCCCUGGCUUGCCUUAACAGCCACUUCCUUGUUAUUAUAGGAUGUUCUUUGGGGUGGGGAUUUCUGAAAAAGCGGGAGGGCAUGGCGUUUGCUGCAGGGCGAGUCGGAAGUUAGGGCUCACCCCCACUGAUUAAUUCUCCCGGGGGUCCGAGAGUUUCUCUCCGUGCCUUGCAAAAGCUCAAUCUUAUGUGCUGAAUCAGAUCUUACCAGAUUGUGUGGAAAAUCAGAAGAGAGGUUUUCCAUAACCUGAGCUUCAGUGCAGAGGCGAGGAGGGGAAGGUGAUAACUUCAGCAAGCCUGGCACCUCUUCAGGAGCAGCAGGGAAUUUAUGCAGUGAAGGAGAGUUCAGUGUUUUGGUUUUGAGAUCCUUAGGAGGAUAAGGGCCUGCAGCGUAAUCAGGAAUUUGAAGGCUGAAGUUAGAAAAACAAGUUUGUCUUUUUCUGCUGCAUCCCCUCUCUCAAACUGGGAAGCACUCUAUCCUGUCUUAUGCCUUGACACCAGGACACAAUGCAAGAUCUGACGUGCUAUUAUUUUGCUAUGGUUUAAAUGGGUAAUAGUCUUGUGCCGUGUCAGAUUGCAUCAUAUGUCAGGGUUCACAUGGUCGAAAGCUUUUCCAUUUCCUACAGAGAGAAAAUGAGCACAUUGGGGUGACGGCAAGGCUUCAACCCCUGUAUCUGACAUACUUGCUUUCUACAUGCAGGGAUAUUUUUUUAAUUGCUCAGGAAGUGGACUGCCUGUGUCAGCUUCUGCCUCGCAAAUGGAUUAGGGAUUAGACAAGUUUGUGGUGGUGAUUGGCCCUGGAGCAGAGCUAAGUGUCCUGGAUUGUCCGUGAUCUCCAGGCGGAUAUUUCUUCUGAAAAAGCCACAGAGGGCUGUCCACAAGGGUUGGACAUGAACCCUCAAAGCUUGCUAAAUGACAACUGGCGAAAUCUAGUGCAGCUAAUUUAAUGCAGGGUAGUGGAGACACAUACCAAGGGAGGCUUUCGACAAACGGAAAGCUCUUCAGGCCUGUGGUCUCCCGGCUGUGGAUUACGCUGUGCAUUCCUUUAGGAUCUGCCCAUUGGGGUCUGCCAACCGAUGGAAUCGGGGAAUAUGGGACGCUGGAGAUCUAAUGCAUACAGAAGGUAUAUCUGCAAAAACCCAUGGUAAUCACGCUCUGUCACUCCUUUAUUUUCAGGUUACCCCGUGAUUAACAUAUGGAUCGUGGGACACUAUAUCACCCACUGGGCCUUUGUGCGUGCCAUCAAUACUGGCUUGGGUAGCUGCCUGGGGCUUCCUGAAAGCUUCAGUGUCUCCUGGGUCACAAAGUGUGACAUGAAAUGGGAGGAGUUUAUGCCAAUCGUGAUGGCCAGAGCUGCCUUGCAUGGCCCCCCCAAAGCUCUGAUUGUUCACCUUGGAGACAACGACCUGGGUCAAAGGAAAGGCAAGGACCUAACCAUAAGCAUGAUGAAGGACUUUGAUAAGCUGGCUGCUUUGUUCCCAGGCCUGACCUUAAUCUGGUCUGAAAUGCUGGUGAGGCGGCAUUGGCAAGAUUUCUCCCGCCCGCGGGGACUUAACAAGACCAGGAGAACUAUUAAUCGUAGGAUGGCAGAGAAGGUGCAGCUCUUGAAUGGACGGGUGAUACGACACCCCAACAUUACUUACAGGCAGGAGGCCUUGUUUCAUAAUGACGGCGUUCACCUUUCUGAUUUGGGAAAUGAUGUUUGGCUGGCUGAUCUCAUCAAGGGCAUUAAGGAUUGGUUGCAGGUGUGAGGGUGUUGGCAGCGAUCCUUUGGGGCUUGAGUGGCGGUUAGGCAUUGGGUAAGUCUUGUUUAUGGGAGGGGAGAUGGUAGCCUCCGCCUGCUCCUCCUCGUUAAGGGUAUCCAGUUAAAGGGAUCCGGGUGUGUGGUGCCUGUCCAAAGCCUGGGCGUGGGCUAGGGCCAUGCCACAACCCCAUCGGGGACCCUGGGGGUGCCACGAUUUGAUGUAUAUCAUAGGGCUCCCUCUACCGGUGGUUUAUUCUUAGGAGGCUCCCUGCAGAUGGGCAGGAGUCAUGAUAUAGUCUUCUUUCACCCAAUGCCUAAGACAAACCGCUCACGUGUGUAACCAAUAAAGUUGUGGCCCAUUUUAUCCCAUUGACCUAAAUAUUUGUGUCUGUGUUUUUAUUAUCUAAGAGGGCUGCAGGGCCCGUGGUCUCGACACGCAGUGAGACCAGGCGUGAUUUCUGUUUGAAUCCAAGAGCAUGGUAGGCAGUAGCCCCUAGGCUGUGGGGUACCUCUUGUCCGUGGGGAAAGCCACUUCAUCCUUGUCAGGGCGGUGUGUUCCUCUCUCCACAAACAAACACCUCCGGAGACUUCUAGUGCUUUAAUGGUCUUUAUUUACAAUAUUUACAAUGGUCAUCAAGAGUUCAUUAUCAUUCAUCAGAGUCACUCAGUUCAGAUACCUCUGCUUACGCCUCCAACACCUCAUAAAAUGUGUGAAUUUAUCACCCCGCCUUUCAAGUUUCCUCUUGUCCAGCACCUCACGAGAUAAAUCUCUUGCCAGUCUCUGAUCCAGAACUUAACCCUUGUCCCUGUGGAGCUGUUGGCUUGCUAGCAGUCUCUUCCUGGUCCUCUACGCCUGAAGACACUGCCCUUCCUUCGCCUGCUCCUCCAGCUCCCUCUCCCUCAGGCACAGUGUCCUCUUCUCUACCCUGAAGUUCUCUCCCACAUCUGGGGAACUCGAACAUACUGACUCAGCCCUGACAAUCCUGCUGCUCCCACCACCACCUGGAGGAUGAGCUGGGACAGCCGAGGCCCCUUCCCACUCAGGACUUUUCUGGGAGUGUUACAGGACUCUCUUUCCUUUGCAAUGUUGUUUGGGGUUUUUUAAGUGGGGAUGGACUUCACACUGAGGUCCAGCGCCGAGGGCCUUCUGGCGGUUCCCUCACUGCGAGAAGCCAAGUUACAGGGAACCAGGCAGAGGGCCUUCUCUGUAGUGGCACCCGCCCUGUGGAAUGCCCUCCCACCAGAUGUCAAAGAGAAGAACAACUACCAGACUUUAAGAAGACAUCUGAAGGCAGCCCUGUUUAGGGAAGCUUUUUAAUGUUUAACAGACUACUGUAUUUUAAUACUUUGUUGGAAGCCGCUCAGAUUGGCUGGGGAAACCCAGCCAGAUGGGUGGGGUAUAAAUAAUAAAUUAUUAAAUUAUUAUUAUUAUUAUUAGUUGUUAUUUUUGAAGGUGGGUGGUUUUCAUUUGGCUUGGUGAAGCACCGUGUCACCUGGAAGAGCUCCUCUUCUCUUCAUGGCCUUGGGGGGGUGGGGUGGGAUGGCUUGCGGAGGGAGCCUCAGCUGAUACAUGGAGGUCAGGAAGGGGGAGAAGCUACAGCCAAAGAGCACUGUGGGGCUGUCUCUGCUGCCGCUGCUCAAUGCAGGAGGGCUUCCUGGGCUUAGCCCUUGCUCAGCUGCUGGUUUCUCCACCUUCUGCACUCAUCUCCACCCUUUGGUGAGGCACCGUGAGGGCCUUCAUGGUGACGUCGUCAUUCCUGUAUGUCCGGGGGUUGGACUGGAUGACCCUUGGGUCCCUUUCAACUAUUCAAUUCUGUGAUUUUACGACAAUGAGAGAAGCAAGGCCUUCUGGGCGCUGAUGCUGUGCGCCACUCCAUUGUAGGAUCGGUGUGUGUGUGUGUAUGUGUAAAUAAACCGUAUAUCCUAAAGACACCACAGUCUCUGCUGUGCCUCAUUUCCAAAAGGAAAAGCGAACCCUGGGGAAGCACUUGGAACCUCACACAGCUCGGAGCUUGGGGAGGCAUGCUGCAUACUAAAACACUUUUUAAAAGGGAUAUUAAAAAUCAGAUAUCUGCUUUGAUACAUAUUGUGAAAUGUGUCUCCAGACACCUGCUUUGGACCUUCUCGAAAGUACCAACAAGUGGAGAAAGGAGUGCCACUUUUUAUAGUUAUUUCAAAUCCCCCACGCAGGAGAAAUGUAGGCACUUUGGAUGCGCAGCAGACACAGCAAUGAUCCUCGUUGGGCAAGUUGACAACCUCGAUGGCUUUAAAAGACGACUGGAGGAACGGACGAAGGAGAUGGCUCCUCGCCAGGAUGGUUGGAGGCAGCAAAGCUUCUGAAUGCCGGUUGCUGGAAGCCGCAGGAGGAGAGAGGGCUCUUGCCUUCACACCCCGUUUGCUGGUUUUCCCCAAGCAUCUGGUUGGCCCCUGCAAGAACAGGAUGCUGAACUAAAUGGCCCAUUGACCUGACCCAGCAGUGUCUUCACCCCCAGAGGCACACUCCAUUGUCUCUUGAGACAGAAGGAUGCCAAUAACUAUGACUGAAGCUCAGGGGGGACAAAUCCUGAUGUGGAAGGUGGGAAGGGGACCGAGGAAGAGUGUGAGCUGUGAGGAUUCAUAGUGUUCCUUCAUCUAAGGUGAGCCUGACGUUAUCGUGCCUGCCUAUCUCCAUAUUCAGCAGCUGCUGAGCUAAGCCUCUUAACCUUGGCAUUUAGCAGGCAGCGAGAAAACAACUGAGGGGAUAUAACCUUGGCGCAGUUUAUAUUUUAGGAACAUUUUACGUUGCAGUUCACAAAGCCUCCCUUUCUCCAUUUAAAAAUACAUGCAUACAUGCCUGAAGCUAUAAAAGCAGCAGGUUAGGCUACAAAUAAACCAAUGAGUAAAAUGGAAGGCUUUUUAAAAAAUAAAGCAAUCCGUUUGGAAUUGGUCUCCCAGAGGUCUGGCCUGCCAAGCGGGUUUUUCAUUCUGCUGGCUUGAGCAUUCUGAAGGAGAACUUGGGCUCCCUUGGCAUCGGCUCUCCAGGUCCCCAGACCACCUGCUGCUUACAAAUUCCCUGACUUUGCUGCAAGGUGUCUUGCAUGGAAACAAAGGUGGGGUGAGGGGCUUUAGCUAAGCGCCCAUCCCUGUCAAGGAGCAUGACAAAGGCAUGGUCGCCCACCAGAUGCUAUGGCACUCCUACGUUUUGGAAAUAGGCAAGUGACCUGUUUGGGAUGCGGUCACACUCCCUCUGAAGGAGCAGGCUUGCUGGUACGGUGGUACCUCUGGUUAAGAACUUAAUUCGUUCUGGAGGUCCGUUCUUAACCUGAAACUGAUCUUAAACUGAAGCACCACUUUGGCUAAAGAGGCCUCCUCCUGCUGCUGCACCACAGCCAAUUUCUGUUUUUAUCCUGAAGCAAAGUUCUUAACCCGAGGUACUGUUUCUGGGUUAGCGGAGUCUGUAACCUGAAGCGACUGUAACCUGAAAUGUCUGUAACCCGAGGUACCACUGUACACUUUUGUCACUAGGAUUGCACACAAAUCCAAUGAGUUUUCAAGAGUUCUGCAUUCUGAUUCCUGUAGCCAAGAAAGAAGCAAAAGGAGUCAUGAAAGGAAAAGGGACCUCAUUGUUUGGGAAUAAGCCGAGGCUGACUCCCUUUAGCACCAGGCUGGCAAAACUAAAAAAAUGCUAGAAAGUGCUGUUGUGCCGACUUCACUGAAUCACGCUGGGGAGAAAAGGUGAGCUGCGCAGGCGGAGCAAAGCCAGCUUAACAUAUCCAAGAUGCAAACACGCUCUGAGACUCUCCCUCUUUAGUUUCUAGCCAAUGCAAGUUUUGCACAGCUAGCACUUUGACCCUAAGGAAGCACCCAGCAAUUUGGUAUGCAUAAUAUUCAAAAGGUUGAACGUUACAAACUAGGACAGCGCCUUAACAGAUUUUAACUUUUGUAAUCUGUUGUGGCAGAUGCGCUUUAUAACACUAAAAACGGGGUGCUGGUUACUCAAAAUUUUGCAGGUAUAAUUUCAUUAGAAAACAGCAGAAGGCUACAGCUGCUAUUGGCCCCUCUGAAGCAAAAAGGCAGGGCAGAUCACUUUAUGUAAAAUAAACAAUCAGAUGCAUUUUGAUCAUGGGUGAUCUUCCUCAGUGGCUUUUGGGAUCUGUGUUGGGGGCAAGGACCAAAUACCGUAUUUUUCGCUCCAUAGGGCGCACCUGAUGAUAAGGCGCACCUAGUUUCUAGAGGGGGAAUUCAAGAAAAAAAAUAUUUAAAGGGAGCGCUGAGCAGAGCCUGUGUGCAUCCCAGGCUUUGCUCAGCGCUCCCUUUCACAAGCUGUGUGGCGUGUGUGUGGCUCUUGGGGGCUUUUCCCCGAGGAGGGAGAUGGGCUGCCCUUCCCCCACCUCCCGCAAAAGCCAGGGAUAGCCAUGUGAAGCCUCCGCAGGGCAGCGGGAUGAAGGCUUGCUGCUGCCCUGUGGAGGCUUCGCGGGCUACCCCAGAGCUGCUCAGGAGCUUAUUGGGGCUGGCGGGGGAGAAGCCGCACGCUCUUUAAAAGGUGCGUGGCUCCUGGGGCUUUUCUACGAGGUGGGAGAAGGGACCGAUGCAGCCAGUCAGUCCCUUCUCCCUCCUGGGGAAAAGCCCGCAAGAGCAGCAUGGAGCUUGUGUGCGGCUCUUGGGGGAUUUUCCCGCCUGCCUCCCCCCUGCAUUCGCUCCAUAAGACACACACACAUUUUCCCUUGCUUUUUAGGAGGGAAAAAGUGUGUCCUAUGGAGCGCAAAAUACGGUAGGUAUCUAGAAAGGAGAAUUCCCUGGAUGCCAAGAUCCAAGUUUGGGGCAAGUGCUCUUGGUCAGUUUGCAUUUCUUGGUACAGAAAGUAUUGAUCUGAUGUGUAGAGAUCUUUCCUAUUCUAAUUAAUUCAAGAGGGUUCUGGAAGCUUCUCUGUGUGAAAGAAACAAGCAGAAGGUUCCUGAUAUUUGGGUUAUUGCUUCAGAGAAGCUGAGUACAGCUGGCUUAAACUGGGCCUGUUAUCUCUUCUUCAGUGCAAUGCUGACUAUAAUAAUAGGCCAGAAGGAGCCUGGGUUUUGUUCUCUUUUCUAUCUUUCUUUCUGGUGUGGUGUUCUUUAUAUAGUGUUACGGUUUUUGUCUUAUUAUAAAUUUAAGUUAAGUCUGCUGCAACUGGAUUUUUUAUGAACACGGCCAAUCCUGAAUGUAUGGGAUUUGUGAUCAUUAUGCUCAUUUGCCUUCAGUAACAGUAAAGCUCUCUUGGAUGAAAUAUUAAUUGCCUCUGGUCUGUUUUGGGGGAAUCCUGCAACAUGUUUAAAUUUUUACUCUGCUAACUAUACGUUGGAGUUCUGCUUUGGAUCAAUACUGAGUAGAAUUCAUGACACUCUUUGGUAAGAGAACAGCAAUUUAAAAUCACAAAACACGCAGCAAAAUAAAGCAUGGAAAUAUAGGCUGCUGGAUCUUUUAAAUUUGGCUUUGUGAGUUCCACAACUUCCCACCUCCCUUAGCAUGUUUGUUGAGUUAGAAAUGGUUUACUUCCAGACUCUACAAAGAUCAGAUUCAUGUGCUUUUCCAUACAGCAUUCAGAAAACACAAGGCAGUAAAACUUGGCUUAGUGAUGAAAGUUCCUAAAUUAUUGGUAUAGGGACACAAGAAUGACUUGUAGGAGCCAUGCAGUCUGAGCUGCAAUAAGCAGCUCAAAAUCACUUUACAUGUUGAGCUGCUCUGGUAGACUGAAAAGGAACAAAAGCUUGGAUUAACUAAUCCCUCCUGAGGUGAGCUAAGCCUGGCAGAACAGUUGACUCUCUGGCAUUAACCCCUUUGUGCAUUAAUUAGACUUAAGCAUGUUGGUUGGAUGAAGCUGAUUUUCCCAGAAUCUGACGGCUCCCAAAGCUCCUAUAGAAAGCAAUAGCCUGCCUUUCAGCGAUGUUACUGAAAGCUCUUUAAAGCUGCACCAUCUAAAAGCAACAUACAGUAUUUCUUAAAGGUCUUGUGCAAAUAGAUGCACGUAUAAUUGGCUGAUCAAUUGAAACCCCUUUGUUUAAUAGAUAGAGUCUUCUUUGUGCAGCUGGCCUUUGACCCCUCAUUUACAUGUUUAGAUCAGGCAUAGACAACUUGGCCCUCCAGAUGUUUUGGGAUUACAAUUCCCACCAUCCCUGACCACUGGUCCUUUUAGCUAGGGAUGAUGGGAGUUGUAGUCCCAAAACAUCUGGAGGGCCAAGUUUGCCUAUGCCUGGUUUAGAUUGUGGGUGUUUAUUUCCACGUAUGAAUCGUGUCACCUUGACCAUGCAGGGAACAUCUUUUUCUUGUCAUGUUAAGAAAAGAAUGCCACCACCCCCCGCCCCGCAAUAUCUUGGGUGAGGACAGAUGGAGUCUGCCUUUCAUCUCCUGCUGAAAAGCAGGAGGAGGCUGUUGCAGGGGAUUUGCACGAGGCUCAGUUGGGAGCUGGGCAGGGGCUUUGCUUAUUUUCAUGCCUUUAGAAGAGAAACCUUUGCAAACCUAGAUUCAGGUGGGAAGCCGUGUUGGUCUGACGCAAUAGAAAUAUAUAUAUAUAUAUAUAAAUUGUCCAGUAGCACCUUAGAGACCAACUAAGUUUGUUCUUGGUAUGAAAUACAGUCCUACCUUGGGUUAAAUAUGCUUCAGGUUGAGCGUUUCCAGGUUCCGCUCCACAGCGACCUGGAAGUAACGGAAUGCAUUACUUCCGGGUUUCGCCGCUCGUGCAUGCGCAAGACGCUCAAAAUGACGUCACACAGAUGCCCGGAAGUGGCGAAUCAUGACCCGUGCAGGUUAUGUUCGCUUCAGGAUGUGAACAGGGCUCCAGAACGGAUCCCGUUUGAUCCAGAGGUACCACUGUACCCUGACAGGUAUCUGAAGAAGUGAGCAUGCACACGAAAGCUCAUACCAAGAAUAAGUUUAGUUGGUCUCUAAGGUGUUACUGGACAAUAUAUUUAUAUAGUUGUUGUUUAGUCGUGUCCGACUCUUCGUGACCCCAUGGACCAGAGCACACCAGGCACUCCUGUCUUCCACUGCCUCCCACAGUUUGGUCAAACUCAUGCUGGUAGCUUCGAGAACACUGUCCCACCAUCUUGUCCUCUGUCGUCCCCUUCUCCUCGUGCCCUCCAUCUAUCCCAGCAUCAGGGUCUUUUCCAGGGAGUCUUCUCUUCUCAUGAGGUGGCCAAAGUCUUGGAGCCUCGGAUGAAACGGUGAAAUCUGCUAUGAUUAAAUGGGCACAAGAUGUUGGACAUAACAUAAUGAAGGCUGACUGGGAACAGUUGUGGACCACAGGUAUGAAGUUUACGGCAUGUAAUGCCUUAAGAGAGAAUAUUAUGAAAAUGAUAUACAGGUGGUACAUAACCCCAGUCAAGCUUGCAAAAAUCUACCAUUUGCCCGAUAAUAAAUGUUGGAAAUGUAAAGAAACUGAAGGUACAUUCUUUCACCUUUGGUGGACGUGCCCAAGGAUUAAGGUUUUCUGGGAGAUGAUUUAUAAUGAAUUAAAAGGUAUUUAAAUAUACCUUCUUGAAGAAACCAGAGGCCUUCCUCCUGGGCAUAGUCAGCCAAUCGGUGUUAAAGAAGGACAGAACUUUCUUUAUGUAUGCUGCAACAGCAGCAAGAAUACUUAUUGCAAAGCAUUGGAAGACACAAGAUCUACCCACACUGGAGGAAUGGCAGAUGAAAAUGAUGGACUACAUGGAAUUGGCGGAAAUGACUGGCAGAAUCCGAGACCAGGGAGAAGAGUCGGUGGAAGAAGAUUGGAAGAAAUUUAAAGACUACUUACAGAAAUAUUGUAAAAUUAAUGAAUGUUAGAAUGAUGUUGGAUUGAAGUCAAGUGGUUUCUAGCUGUAAUGGUAUAAAAGAAUAUGGAAAAAUUGGAUUUUCAAUACGUAAAAACCUAAUGCUAUAAUAUAUUAAGAUUAAAGAUCAGGAUUAAAAAGGAGGGAAAGGAAUUUCUGGACUAAUAAAUUGAAUUGCAAUACAAAAAAGGGAGGUAUGAGGAGGUCCGGGAAACAAGUAAAUGUAAGAGAAGUAAUGAAAAGAUGGAAUUGUUUUUAAUUGGGUUUUUUUUUUUGUAUUUUGUAUUUUUCUUUUUUCUAUUUUUUUCUUUCUUAUUUAUGUAUCCUUCUUUUGAAACCUUAAUAAAUAUCAUUUUAAAAAAAACACAAAGUCUUGGAGCCUCAGCUUCACGAUCUGUCCUUCCAGUGAGCACUCAGGGCUCAUUUCCUUCAGAAUGGAGAGGUUGGAUCUUCUUGCAGUCCAUGGGACUCUCAAGAGUCUCCUCCAGCACCAGAAUUCAAAAGCAUCCAUCCUUCGGAUAUCAGCCUUCUUUAUGGUCCAGCUCUCACUUCCAUACAUCACUACUGGGAAAACCAUAGCUUUAACUAUACGGACCUUUGUCGGCAAGGUGAUGUCUCUGCUUUUUAAGAUACUGUCUAGGUUUUGAUAUACCUCAUACCAUUCAUAGCAUAUACAUUCUGAUGUACCUUAGGUUAAGUACUUAAUUUGUUUUGGAGGUCCGUUCUUAACCUGAAACUAUUCUUAACCUGAAGCACCACUUUAGCUAAUGGGGCCUCCCGCUGCCGCCGCGCCACCGGAGCAUGAUUUCUGUUCUCGUCCUGAAGCAAAGUUCUUAACCCGAGAUACUAUUUCUGGGUUAGCGGAGUCUGUAACCUGAAGCGUAUGUAACCCGAGGUACCACUGUGUGUGUGUGUGUGUGUGUGUGUGUGUAUAUAUAUAUAUAUAUAUAUAUAUUGCUUUGCAUAUGGCUGAGCCAUAAGAAACAUAUAUCAGAGCAGCACCAAUCCUCGCAGCAAAAACCCCUAUGAAGUUAGUAGCCGGCCUUGUUGCAUCUUGACCCCCGGUUUUAGCCCCUGACGAAGAGACCUGCGGGAUCCGGAAGCCUCCGCGGGCCUCCUUCCGGCCUCUCCGCAUGCGCGUGCGUGGCUUUUUCCCGCGCAUGCUCCGUCCCUUUCCCGCCUCUGCGCGGCGGCUCCUUUCGCCCUUCGCGCAUGCGCAGCGGCCCUUUUCCCUCGUCCCCAUCCGGGAACCCCCGGGCGCGCAUGCGCAGAGCCGCGCCGCCCUCCGUGUCGCUUGUUCCCCUCAGAGCGGCGGCCGCGUCGGCGGCGAGGCGGGAGAGGAAGGAGCAGCGCGGCGCCCGCGGCCUUGGCUUGAGUCUUCUUCUCCCUCCGCGCAGGCGGGACCCGAGGCCCAGCGCGGUGCCGACGAAGGUGAAGCGGCGGCGGGGGGCAGGAGGAGCGGGGUCCCGGCGGGGGAGGAGGAAGGGGAGGGAGGCCUCGGCGCCCGCGAAGCCGCUUCUCAGAGUCCCUCGGGCCUCAGGCUCCGCCGCCAAUGCGUGAGGGGAAGCCGUGAGGGGGGAAGGGAAGAAUAUUAUUCGUGGGAAUCAAUAAUAACCAGUAACAACACAGUGAUUGGGGGGGGGGCUCCGCAUGCCGCUAAAGAGGGCCGCCUUGAGGUUGGGGGGGCCCUCAGUUCCUGAAGGUAACGGGGCCCCUUCUGUGUCCAGCCCUCCUUUGUCAGCAACAAAUUGUCGCCGUUUUUUGUGUUUAAUAGAUGCUUUAUGGUAAUUUAUAGACCUGGUAGGUAUCUAAAGCCAUUUAAUAGGAGCCUACACAACGCAAAACACUGUUGCUGCAGGGAGGUUUUAUUUUAUUUAUUUUAUUUUAUUUACCCUUUCUAUGUCCGGCUGUCCUUUGUCAAAAACAAAUUGUCACCAUUUUGUGUUUUGAAUAGAUGCAAUAUGGUAAUUUGUGGACCUCAUAGGGAUCUAAAGCCGUUUGUACAGAACAAAUAGGAGCCUACACAACACAACACGCUGUUACUGUAUGUAGGUUUUACUUUAUUUGGUUUUAUCUUAUAUUUUGGAAAUGUACAUCCAGUCCCCCCCCUUUAAUUUUUUUGGGGGCCCCCCAAGAGAGUGGGACCCUAAGUUACAGCUUGUUUAGCUUAUAUGUAAAUCCAGCACUGCCUCUAAACAUUUUGCGAAUCUAAGUUGGGCUUCAUUGAGGGGCAGUGUUUCAAUGUGAGUGGGAAAAUGAGAGUACCCCCUAAACAUUUUUUUUAGAAAAAAGCACUGAUUAAUAAUAAUAAUAAUAAGUCUCCACCGAAACCCUCCCCUCUUGUGGGGGGGGGGGCAAGUGAGUGCCUCGUGCGAUGUUACAUCUCCUAGCUGCCCUGUGAACAACACUACGUUGUUGUUAUUAUUAUUAUUAUUAUUAUUAUUAUUGGUUUCCAUCCUUGCCUCGCCAUUGCAGCUUCCUCUGGUUCUGCAUUAUUCUCACACUGUCACAUCCCCAAUCCACUUCCCCUUUGCAGACUUUGUUUUGGGCACCCGUGUCACGUGCGACAUGAACUCCCUAGCCAGGAUCCAUGCAUAUCUUGCAGAAAAGACAAAGAGAAAACUAUGACUCUUGCCCCUCGUGAAAGUUGCCUUUCGCCUAAGGCACCUGGGGGAAGGUGGCAGCUGGGGAAAGGCAGCUUGGGGAGAACGAAGCCGGGCGGGAGAGGGAAAUCUCUGGGCUUCUUGGUCAUUCCUUCCAUAUGUUGCCUACCUGGGAAUUGGGGGGGGGGGGAGUUGCCUUUGCUUCUUCUUCCAGGUCCUGCCUGUGGGUUUCUUCCCACUGGGGCAUCUAGUGGAGAGCGUGAGGCUGACCGAGAUGGGGCCCCUUUGGCUGCUUUUCAUUAAAUUUAUGUACCGGCCUCCGUCCAAAGAUCACGGGGCAGUUUGUUCAGCUUUUGUUGUGUCCCUAAUUCCCAUCACGCUGGUAUUUCCAGGGACGAGUCUAGAGUCCACUCACCCUACAUGCUGAUAUGCUGCACAAACUGGACGGUGCUUGUAACUCCCCCCCCCCCCAGGUAUUUAGCCCUCACCCUUCUGCCAAAACAGCUCCCAGGCCAGCUUUCACAAAUCAGGACUCUUAUCUGAAGUGACAAGAGCUGCUUUACUGCUUCUUUGGCCUAGGCUGAUCUUAAACACAGGAAACGCUAGUGAGCUUUGGUGGUUUUUCUGUAGUACCUUCAAUAUGCAUGACAUUUUACAGCAAACUUAUAAGCUGUCUUAGUUUCUUACAUUAAGGAAGCUGCAAGGUUUGCACUGUACAGAAAGGCCAUAGCUUAGGAAUAUAGCAUCUGCCUUGUAUAUCCCUGGUAUUUCAAGAUAGGGCAGGAAGGCAGCCCUGGCGAGCCAUUGCUAGUUAUUAUAGGCAAUACUGCGCUAGAUGGAUCAGCUCUCUUGACUCCGUAUAAUUUACUAUGUUCAUAGUACAGUCUUGCAAAAUCUGCCAAGCUAAGUUAAGAGCCCAUAAAUUCUGUGAAGAAAUUUCCUGUGGCUUCUAGGGUGUAACUGAAUGUUUCAGUUCUUGGCAUGUGGUUUGCACUCCCCAGAUCAAAACCUCAUUCGCUAGUGGAAAUGGGUCUCACAUGCUUCCCCCCCCCCCCGGGUUGCUUUUCAAUAUGUUGAAAUUUUAUUAUCAUGGUGGCAGCAUCUCAUGCACGGAGCUGAGGUGAGGGAGGCUGGAGGGUGGACUUGUUUGGUGUGGGAGCUGCUGGCUGGCUGCUUCUGGGUUGAGGCUGUGGCGCUCAAGGGGUUUCUCUCGUCACUUGGAUGCUUUGAGCCAGGUAUGACUUCAAAAAAUGGCAUCCUCCAGUGCUACUUCCACACCUGCCUGGUUAUAUGUUCCUGAAGCACAUGUGCUUUUGCCUUCCGUGUAGACCAGGAGAAGGAGCCUUACCAUGGCUCUGCAUCUGAGACGUGCAGAGCAAAACAAAAUGUUAGUCACCUGGUGAACUUGAGGCUGGACAGGAAGCCAGAGUUCAUGCCCUCUUCGGCAGAUCUUGAGCCUGGAGGAAACCUUGGGCUUUCUUUGCUUGCCAGAUCCUGGCUGACCUCUCACUGUGACGGAGGUGGUCCAAAUUGUCAAACGACGUUCAUUGUCAAUGUAACUUACUGAAUUGAACUUCUUUAGAAUUGGUCAACAUUUGAUCCUUGCGGUAACUUGGUUUUGCCUUGAGCACCUGUGAUCCCUUCCCUAGCCGUGUUACAUUCAUACAGAUACCUUCCCAGAUUUCUAGUGCCGUAGUGGGAUAUAAUACAGGUAGAAAUCUUGGGUUUACAGAAUAAAGAAAGAUAUUUCUGCGUGUGCGGUCUGAGCAUGUCCUCUCUCGGUGAGUUCACACGGGGUGAAAGAAUGAACAAAGGAGGAAAAUUAACUUCCUUCCAGGUGGCCAACUGAGUCUCGGAAUACAAUGCUGUGUUCUCAACCCUUUCGUGCAUUAUCUAGUCUUAAACUUGCUAGUUAUAUUUGACUGCAACUUCCCACACUUAAUUUCAUUGGUUCAUUUCAUAAAAUGUAUACGCUGCUUGAUUGUGAGAGAAAGCCGCAAAGUGGUUUACAAAAAAUAUAAAACAAUAAAAUUGUUUAUUAAAAAACCAAUCAUGUAAAACAUUCAGAAAAUUAAAAUCACCCUAAAACUAAAAACAUAUUAAAACAUGUUUCAGCAUCACUGUAAAUAUUGGGACAGGCUUGUCUAAACAAAAGCAGGCACCCAACGGGAUGCAGUGAAGGCACCUGCCUAAUACCAGUCAUGCUAUUCAUAGUUCAGUAGGUGGAAGUGGUGGCCUUGCGGCAACUGAAUGCUAGCAACAGGCUUUUAAAGGCAGCAGGGAAAGGCAGAAAAUGAGUUCCCUUCUUUCCCUGGAACUCUGCUAAAUGAUGCUGUGCCUCUUCUGGUCUUAAAAGUUGAAAAUAGACAUCGCUAGAUAAAAGAGGCAAGAGGUCAUUCACAGGCAACAAAAAGACCUGUAUGCUCUUCUCAGUGAAGAAGCAGAAAUGCAUCUUUGAUUUGAUUGUUUUGUAUGUCUUUAAAUGGCCCUAAUGCUUUAAAUGGCCUUUGAAGACUUUUAAACAAAAAAAUCUUGUCUUAAAAGGCAUUUGGCCCGCUUCAGAGGAGAGAGUAAUUCAUAGGAUUUGAUCUCCAUCUUCCAAUAUCUAAAGGGCUUUCACAUGGAAAAUGGAGCAAGCUUGCUUUUUGCUGCUCUGGAUAGUAGAACCCAAAACAAUUGAUUCAAGUUACAAGAGAGGAGAUUCUGAAUUAACAUCAGGAAGAACUUUCUGACGGUAAGCGUUGUGGAAUGGAAUUCCUCAGAAAAUAGUGGACUCCUUUCUUGGAGGUUUCUAAGCAUAGGUUGAUUGGGCACCUAUCGGGGAUUCUUUAAUUGAGAUUACUGCAUUGCAGGGGGUUGGACUAGAUGACCCUCGAAUGUCCCUUCCAACUCUACAAUUCUAUGAUUCUGUGCUGUGUGUGGGAAUGGAGUAUCCUAAAACUGGGUUAGAACACUGAACAGAAAGCACUGCAGUGUUUUAUUGUGUGUCCCCUUGGAAAAUCCAACAAGUAACUGCUACAUGUUUCUUUAAAAAGUCUUGUUUCUGAGCUGGGGCUGAUGCUGCAACUAUAGUGGAUAUUUGAAGAUCUUCUAAGCCAUGAAUUUAUGGUGGACUUCAUUAAACUGAAUAGUACUGCUAAUUUAGGCCACGAGGUGGAAGCAAAAUUGUGCCGCUCUCAUCACAAUACUGCACAGGUCUAGAGGUGAAUUUGCCCCUGCUCUGCAUUCUUAAGCAGACUAACCCAAUUCUCACGUCCCUGACUGAAACACAGAUUGAAACAUACUUAUAUACUUCAGAUUUUGCUUUUAUCUGAAUUUUAUGGUGCAGUACUUGGCUUAAAAUACUAAAACACAUAUAAUAAUAGUUUGGGAUAGUAUUAGUAUUAUUCAUUGGUAUUACCCAAAGUUCUCCAAGCAUCUUAGAACACAUUGAAAAAUGUAAAAUAUGUUUAGAAAUGCAUAUGUUGAGGUAAAAUACUUUCGACUAUUUUGUGAUAAUAUUCAGGAAUAGUGUGGUUUAGUGGUUAUUGUGUUGGGCUAGGAUGCGGGGACUGAGAUUAGCGCUGCUGUUCCUCCAUGAAGCGCAACAGGUGGUACUGGGCCAGUGUCUCUCUCGCUUCUUAACCCUCCUCACCAGCUUUCUUCGAGGAGAAGUGAAGGGGAAAAACAAAGGAGGCCACUUUGAGCUCCUUAUAGGAAGUGCCAGAUAGAGGUGCAGCACUUGAUUCCUUAGAUAAAUAAGCACACAUUGCUGGGGGAUGUUGCACUGCUCUCAGCUAGGUGGUUAUUUGUUUUGCUUUAAUAUGGUAUGAAUGAGUGAAAAUGCUGCAGGGGCUGAACAUUUGGAGCGACAACUACUUUUGCUUCACAGAAAACUAGAAAAUUUUGUUUCCUUUCCCCAGAGAAUGUAUGCAGUAUUUAUUAACUUUGCACAAAUAGAAAUGGGUUUGUCAACUUUUACAUGUUUGUUCUUCAAUUGUGUUGGUGUAUUUUCCGAUUCAUCAGUUUCUUUCAUUAGAUGCAGAAGCUGGAAGAAUAUUGUGUGUGAAGAAAACAGUUUUCUCAUGGAUUUUUCAUAGAAUCAUAGAGUUGGAAGAGACCACAAGGGCCAUCGAGUCCAACCCCCUGCCAAGCAGGAAACACCAUCAGAGCACUCCUGACAUAUGGUUGUCAAGCCUCUGCUUAAAGACCUCCAAAGAAGGAGACUCCACCACACUCCUUGGCAGCAAAUUCCACUGUCGAACAGUGAUUUUUAUGGGCCUUCACAUUUCUGUUUAAUGCCUGUUUGAAAACAUUAACUUCUUGUAACAUGCGCAGCAACUCUAUGGGGCUGAGGUGUCUUUGGCUCCCUCGAAAUCUGUUGGGAGGGGGCCAGGCCUCCUGAAUGUUGGGGUGGAGGAGGCAAAGCGCGAAGCCAAAUGGGGUGUGGCUUCAGUGGCAGGCUCCUCCUGAGCGAGAGAGAGGAGGAAUUGCUAGCCACUGAAGCCGCGCUGCGCUGGGCUUCCCACUGGGCCCCUCCUGGCAACGCGACUUUGCAUGUGUAACACGUGUCACGUGCAUGACCUCACAUGAGCACGAUGCGUUCUGAGCGCACGAUGUCACACACACGCUGGGCCACCUCGAUCUUGGGCACAGGUUGACACCUUUGGUGUGUAACAUGUCUGGUCUAAGAAAGAAAAGGUUUUGGGACAUAUUAAGGCUAGACUCUCCUGAUGGAAGGCUAUGAAAUUUUACUGGAUAUCAGUGGUACGUAAACCUUCAGAAGAAUUUUCUAAAGACUGAUAUGUCACUAAUAUAGAUUACUGAGACUGGUGGCAGUUUGACAACUUACUUGCUAUGGGUCCUGCCAGGGGAAUGGACCAGGUGGUCUGUUAAUGCCCUUUCUGUGUUACUCUUCUGUGAUUUUCCCCUGCCCACAUAGUAUCUUUAAGUAAUUUCUGUGUUGAAAUGGUUGAAGCCAUUUAGUUGGGAAAUUGUAUGUAGCUCUUGCCACAAAGUUUCAAACAUCCUCUAGUUUUGUUAGUUGAUGAGGUCACAUAAAUAGUGGUUGUAGCACAUCUUCAUUGUCAAAUACAUUGUUUUAUAGGACAAUCCUUUACCUAAUUACUUGGAAGUAAGCCACAUUGAAUUGAAUGGAACUUGCUGUCUAGUAACUCUGCAUAUCGUUGUAGUGUAAAUUAUUAUCUUUCUAAUGGCCUGUUUAAAUUACACUUGAUAUGUGGCUAGAAUGCAUUAAAAUCACAUGGGUUUUCAAUUGAAAAUGCUUGUUUGCAUGGUUGGUUUAGAGUGGGAUAUAAAGCCUUUUAAAUUCAAAGGUUGUAGUGCGUUGAAACACAUAUGAAAUGACUUUUAGUUGACAAGUGAGUAAAACCCCCAAUCCCUUUGCUAAAACAAGUUGUUACUGAGAAAAAAACGAAACUGUUGUGUUUUUCAAACAAUUUACUUACAGGCAGUAGAACCAUUUUAGAAAGUAGAUUAAAAAUAAAUGUAAUCUAAUUUUUGUGUGUUUAACUUUCAGCUUUGUGGUGUUCUUGGAAAAUUUUGCACCUUUUGUGAAUUCUCUGAACCUUGGCAUUGCCAGCCCACUUUUGUUGGGCCCUCCUCCUCCUUUGCAGCUUGCUCAGAUUAAGACACAGUUGGCUUUUCACCAGUUGAACUCGGUAGCUUCAACCCAUUCUAUAGCAUCUUAUGCUUUGUUAAAUGAAGCAUUUCUGAAAAUUGCCAUGUUUAACCCUAGAGGAAACAUACCUCCAAGGCCAAGGGGACCCAAUGCACCUGGUCCAAUGCCGCGUGGCCCUUUUCUGGGGCCAGGACCGGGACCUGGACCGGAUGGUCUUCAAAGGCAACGCCCGUCUGCUCCUCCCAGAAUGCCUCAAAGGGUCAUGGAACCAGAAAUGAGGGCAAGAUUCCCAAGGCCAAAUGUUCAGGUCACGCAACAUGGAAUGGAUCCUAGACAAGAGCGGCACCAGAGGGAAGAGGGAUGUGCUACUCACUGGGACAGUCCAUUUCCGCCUGUAAAUAGUGGCCAGAUCACUUCAGGAAAGUUUUCACAACAAGCCACACGUAUCCAGAACCGUUAUACAACCGAGAGUGCUUCCAGCAUCUUAGCAAGCUUUGGCUUAUCUAAUGAAGACUUGGAGGAACUUAGUCGGUAUCCGGAUGAUCAGCUGACACCAGAAAACAUGCCUUUAAUUUUGAGGGACAUCCGAAUGCGCAAAAUGACUCAUCAGUUACCAAGUUUACCUUCUCAGAGCAGAGAAAAGGAAAUGUUUCACAGUGACGAUGGUCAUGGUACCAUGGUGAAGAGCAAGGUAAUUGAUUACGGGCAUGAAAGCAAGUAUGAAUAUACUGAAACUCCUCUUGAUGUCAAAGUCUACAAUUCUGAUGCAUCAACUGAGGGGAACAUGAAAGGAUUUCCAGCACAGCAGACGACUCUCAUGUCUUCGGCGCCCUCUGGUGUAACCAGUAGUCAAAUGAAUGCGGUAGAAGAGCUGAUACGAAAGAUGGGAUUCCAGAGAAGCACAUCAAGUACGCAGUCCUUUUUCCCCAUGGAUGCUUCCAACAAGGGGCCAGGGCUAGGCCUCCCUCCAGCAGGAGCCGGGAUGCCUCCAGCAGCCCCGCCCAUGAUGCCUCCCGUGGUGCCAUCCAUGUCUGGGAUGCCAGCGUUGCCUGGGAUGCCUCCUGUUGCCCCGCAGACUUUGCCUCCGCCAACUGUUCCUCAGCCCAUGAUGCCGCCUGUGAACCAACCACCUCCAACUAUGAACCAGCCGCCACCCCCUUUUGCACCUGACAUGCUUGAGGGUGUAAACCGGCAUGAUAGGAUUCACCAUGAAUCCGGGGCUCAUCCUUCUGAUGUUCCACCUGGACCUGCCAGUGGCCAGGCAAAAAUCCACAAGAAACCUCAGCAUCCUAUUGAGUCUGCUUUUGGCAUGGUGAAAGCCUCUUGGCUUCCAGUUUUUUCACAGGCAGAUGCCCAGAAGCUGAAGAGAUUGCCAACUCCGUCGAUGAUGAACGAUUACUAUGCUGCAUCUCCAAGAAUAUUUCCACAUGUGUGUUCUCUGUGUAAUGUAGAAUGUAGACAUUUGAAGGUGAGUCACUCCCCCCCCCAUUACAUACCUUUGUACACAAUGUGUUCUAUGUACUGGGUUUAAUUGACUUCUGGAUAUCUGUAGAUUUUAUUCCCGUAAGAUGUCCAACAAUCAAGAAGCUUGGGAAUAAAUACUGCGUGUGUCUGAUUUGCACAAUGUGACUGGCUAUUUCUGCAGGUUUCAACUGUAAAAGCUGCCUUAUGAUAGACAUGUUCUCAUUUGGCUUUGGAUUCCCUGUUCCCUCUACUGCUUCCUCUGUCUAUAAUUAAACUUGCUUUUGUAGCUUCUGGGAUCAAAGGAAGUUGGGCUUGAAGUAGACAGUGGAUUAAGGUUGCAGCCCAGUCAGAAACAUUGGUAAAGAAAGCAUUUAUUAUAGUCUUAGAAUGUAGCAUAAGGAUGAUAGAACAAAAUAAGUUAUACAGAAGCAUUAGUUAAAUUUUCUUAGCUGAUGCAUCUAACUACUUAUUUGACCCUUGAUACCUUAAGUUCAAGUAAGGUUUGAAAGCUUCAGGUUAACACAACUACAUUUAAGUUGUCUUGGGCUGCAGUCCUGUACAUGCUUACCUGAGAUUAUCUCCCAAUUAACUUGGCACAAAUUGUUCUUGAAUAGGCCUGGAUAAAAGUUUAAAGAGGAAUCUAGCAGUAUGGGCAGAGCUCCUGAGUUGACUACACAUGGCCGAUGAGGAAUCGUUCACUGCGAGAAGGAAAGCCCAGCUAGAUUUAGAAAAAGAAGACGAUGGGAUUCAGAGCAAGUUCCUUUCUGUCUCAUUGAAAUCAAAAGUCUUAAGUUAUUAAUAAUGCUACAGAUUGAUUUCACUGGACCUAAGUGAGACUUCCUUGCUCUGGAUCCAUCCCAGGGAUUUCCUGCAGCUUUGAGAAUUUCAGUGACCAUAAUCUCUGUAUGAAAUAUUAUCCUCCAUACCAAAGAAGAUACUAUCAUGACUGUCUGAUAGUCUCUUUUCCUGACAGAGAACCAAAUGACAGGAUGGGAGAGGAGAGCCAAAUAUCAUUUACAAGUAUGGGAUUCUGACAAUAGUUUCUUUGUGGGCGGGGGAUCACCCCACAACACAGAGAAGUAUUAUUCAGACAAAGUGAGAUAUGUACAGUAUUGAUUUGACUUUGAUUUCCAAACAUCUUUUUUAUUUCGCUUAAUCCUGAAAUAGAUUGCACUAGACAUUAUCACAAAAUUCAGUGUAUUUCUCUGGCUCUUCCCCUCUUGCCCUAAGCAUCUCAAGGGCAUAGCAUGGGUUGCAUUCAUUUGUCCCUCCCAACAAUCAUAAGAAGGCUAUAAGUACUUAGUGCAGUGUUUUGCGUUUUCAAAUUCCAAAGGAUUGAAGGCCGGCCAUAGGUAAUUUACCGAUGUGCAGUUACUCAAAAAUAUGUCCCACUGAGUUAAGAAGGAAUGUACUGUUAGUGUGAUUAUAAUUUUGUCCUUAGGGGAUUACUCAGUUACAGAGUUUUUAAACUUUUCUUCUGUAUCAAAUUUCUGUUUCUCUUAAUGUGCUUCGUGUCCACCUCAAACUGUGUGUUACUAUCCCAACCAAUUCUAGAUUUUUGUUCAUAGAAUCUUAAUCCAUUAGCUCAGGCUGUCUAAUAAAUUGAGUUUUGUAAAUUGUGUUUAACUGCACAAUGGUGGGGUUCUGAAUUAUAUGCAUUGCAGAUGUUCAUGUCUCCAAGUUUAUAUUUCUUACUUACUCAAAAUCCUUUUAAGGGCGUGAGAGUGCGGAAAAUAAGUCAUACAAUCAUAAAAUUGUAGAAUGGGAAGGGACCAUGAGGGACCACCAUCUAGUCCAACCCACUGCAGGGCAGUAAUCUUUUUGUCCAACGUGGGGCUCGAACCCAUGACCCUGAGAUUAAGAGUCUCCUGCUCUAUUGACUCUGGAUCAGUCUUUGCAGAUGCCUAAAAACAGAAUAAAUACUGCAAUAUGGGAAUUGGUUUGGGACAGAAAAACUUUGUACGAAAUAAAUAAUUUUGUUGCCUGUUGCUUACUCUACACACUAAGCAGAACGUGAGUGUAAUUUAUUCAAUGUUUUUCUGUUCUCUUGCAUUCUGCAUACAAGUUAGUUGUUUACUGAAUUGUUUAGGUUCCUUUCCCCACCCAUUCAUAAUUUUUUGGUGCAGAACAUGAAUUUUAGCCUCUUUUUAAUAUUUAAUGGAAUAAUAUAAUAAUGUUCUAUGGGCAGCAAAGGACUUCUGAAGCAGGAGGUUUUGUGGUUCCUGAGACAAAAGUUUGGGUUUUAAAAACAUUCAGAGAAGGGAGCUUAACAGAUGCGAGAGCCCAAAAUAAUGUUUCCAUGUGAACACCACACUUUCAGGUGCUGCUGUUACUAAGAUGACUGGUUGCUGUUUACGUUUUUAGGCUUAUAUUUUGGGGGGGACUUCACGGCUCCCAGAAAAAUAUAAGCCUUACAGAUGUCCGCAGACCACUGUAAUGUAGCAGCACAGAAUACUUUUAUUGCGCAGCACUGCAAACCUUCAAAUGCAUAGACCAUUAUUUUUAUUAUUUAUUAUUAUUUUUAUUUGUAUACCACCCUAUAUCUGCAAGUAUGUAGUUUAAAAGGGGGGGUUGUGUCUUUGCAGCUCUUUAUGUUGAAACACUUUUCUUUUACCUCUAUUAUAAAGAUACCGAUUGUAGUCAAGCUAUAUAGGUUGUGAUGUCCCCCAUUGUUCUUCCCAAGUCGCUGCUGCUGACUUGCCCAUGUAGUGCUAUCCCAGUUGUCUGUAUGGUGACUCAUGCUGGGACAAGUGGGCAGAAUAGUUCCGCAUUGCUCUUUUUUCCAGGAGAAUGCAUCACAACGCCAUGGCAGCUGUAUUUGGGUUUGCUUUUCUCUCUCUUCUUUCCCCUCUCUGAGAAUUAUGGCGUUUCUGUCCAUAUUUGGAUCCUUCUGGGCCAAUGUAAAGCAGUACUUGGAAGACCAAAAUACCCUAAUUCUGUUCUGUAUGCAAUUCAGAGGCCAUUAAUUUGGCAGGUUUGAAUUAACUCAGAACAGCAACAUAUUGCAUAUCUUGACAUCAGACGACACUAUACUGUAGAUCAUCUUGAAAGAAGAAAUCUUAGGCUUGUCUUAUGAGUUUUGGACAACCUGAGUAUAUAACACAACAUGGUUAUAAGGGCAAAUGGUGGCAGAGGGCGUGAGAAAUCCAUGUAUACUACCAUGAGCUGCAUGGAGGAAAGCGGGGGUGUAAAUGUCAUUCUAAUAACAAUAAUAAAAUACUUGUAACUAUGAUUUAUGGCUUUUCCUUCUGUAGGACUGGAUUCAGCAUCAGAAUACUACUGCCCACAUUGAGAACUGUCGUCAGCUACGCCAACAGUAAGAAUGCCCAUUUAAUUUGUACAUUAAUUAUACGAAGACGGACUUGAUUCUUGUACUUUCCUAAAGGGAUACUAAUAGUCAAUAAAAUGAUUUCAGUGGGAUGUGAAUUUCAACCAUAAUACUUUUAAGCAGUAUGUUCUGCUUAAUCUGUAUGUUGAUCUGUUUGUUCUACACUGAAAAGCUCUAAAUGCCAUGCGCCAUUCUGAAAUGAGAUGAAUGGUUUUUCAAUACUAGGGAAUUAGGGUUGAUCUGAGACGGAAUAUAGCCACACAACUUUAAGCAGGGUAGUGCAUAAAAGGUAGACGAACCAGUGGGUGGGCACAGGGUCAACACCACCAUGUUCAGGAAGGGUGAGGAGCAUAGAACAAGCCAAGGACUCCAAGGGAGAGGCCCACCAUUGGGGCGGUGUGGGAGGGGGUGAGCCAAGUUUCAGUGAGGGCAAUUACGUGGAAGGAUGAAAAGAGAGAAAGAGCAAGGAGGGCGGCAGUUCUCUAGGAAGCAGAGCGGGUGGUAAGCAACACGAGGAUGAGAUGCACAGAGAGAGCGAGAGGGUGGGUGCUUGAGCUGGGAUCCAGACGUAGGUCUUGCUCUCAGGUACUUCUGGGGUUGGACCUGACUAAUAAUGUGACUAUUUUUUAAUUCUGUAAUGUGGUCUUUCACUUAAUUCAAUUGCUGUGUUACAUGUUCACCUUAAAAGCUCCCAAGCAGAUUAGGACAACCUCUUAGAAUAUUUUUUAACACAGAGGCUAACUUGGGAAAUUGACACACCUCUGCCAGUACCUGGCAGACAUGCAAAUCUCACUCUCUGCAGCACAGGAAAGGGAAGGAGGUGCUUCUUAGCAAUAGAUAACAAUGAAAAUAAUUCAAAAAAACUUCUUGCAUUGAUAGUUUUAUUCUUGAAACAGAUUUCCUGACUGGAAUCCAGAAGCCCACUCAAAAAGGUAAUUUUUCAAAUACGACUACUUCCCAUAGUACUGAUAAGGUGCAGUAAUAUUUCAUCUCCCUUUUUCCUAAAGAUAUUAUAAUGGAUUGAGUUCUCUGUGGUUGGGAGAACGUUGUUUAAAUCUUGGAAUUGUGGAUGUCGCUUUGCAUGUUGUCCCAGGGAGAUUUUGCAGCUGCUUCUUCUGCUUCUGCUUCUUCACCACCCACCUUUCACACUGAUGUCCCGGGGCAGGUUGCAACAACUAAAACACAAUAUUAAGAACAGUUUAAAACAACUCACAAUCACUGGAAUAAGAUGGGUCCUGAAAAUACAUAUCUCAAAUGUCAAAAGGUAAGGUAAAGACAUGCAUCUUCAGUGUUCAUUGCCAGCUGUGUAAUGAAGAUACCAGAUGCUUCUCUGUGGAGAUGGAGUUCCACAGUGUAGGGGCUGCCCCAGAGAAUGCCCUCUCCCGGACCGUCACCACCCUGAGCUUCUGAGGGUGGAGGAACAACCAACUAUAUAAAACUAUAUAUGAGAGUUAUCAUAGUUACAGAGCUUAUCAUGGUUAUAGAGCAUUGCCUACCUGUUUGGCACUUGAAGGCUUGCAUGAGUUUCUCCUGAGCCCAAGGAGCGUUACCAGUGCAGAUACCAAAAUGUUCUGUAGGUGCUGAUGCUUUGCGAGAGUUCUCUCACCAUGACUGAAAUGGUACCACAGUGCAAGUCAGUGUCUGUCAUAACAUCAAACUGGGUUGUAUCCCAUGCAGUUUACUCAGUGUAAAUCGGUUGAAAUUAAUGGAUGUGACUAUCAUAGGUUUAUUAAUUUUGGUGAAUUUACUCUGAGUUGGAUACAGCACUUUGUGUGAAAGCUUCAUUGCUUGGCUUCUUUCACUCCAGCUUUUCCUUGCUUGCAGGAUGUCCCCCUUUCUCCUUUAUAGUGGGUACCUUGGUUCUUGAAUGGCUUGGUUGACGUACAAAUCGGCUCCUGAACACUGCAAACCCGGAAGUAAGUGUUCCGGUUUGUGAACAUUUUUCCGAAGCCAAACGUCUGACACAGCUUCCACUUGAGUGCCGGAAGCUCCUGCAGCCAAUCGGCAGCUGUGCCUUGGUUUUCUAAUGGUUUCGGGAGUCGAAUGGACUCCCAGGACGGAUUAAGUUUGAGAACCAAGGUACCACUGUAUAGGUGUAAUAAAUCAGGGUAGAUUGUUGACAUUUCUUUGGCAUUCCAGUUGUCUUGAUGCAGCCCUGUUUUUCAAAUCCACCUUUAUUUUCACUCUGUACUACUUGGGGGACGUAGGAGUCUUGUUCUGAGGCUCACUCCUGGUCGUGGAAUCUACGAAGCCAAAUAACAUCUGAAUGCACACUUAUCCUAUUUAAUACUGCCCUGUAGUUUUAUUUCUUAUAAGGAAUAAAGUAUUUUUUAAAAAUUAAAACAUUUUAAAAACUGUCCAGUUAGAUUGGAUUACUUAUUUCAUAUUAAAUACAGUAUGUUGGGGAAGAACAACCUUUUCUGUUUUUACAGACAUGAAAGUGACCGAAAGGAAAACCAUACACCGAGGCGGCGCUCUUGCAGUUCUAGUCCCAGACGCUCAAGACGCUCAAGCUCUGGCCAUGCCUGGCGCCGCUAUCGCUCGCGCUCUAGGAGCCCUGGGCGCCGUAGACCCAGAAGUCGAAGCCCAAGAUAUCUGCCUCGUCCCCGGUAUAGGUCAAGGUCUCCACGGCGCCCUCAUUUCUUUUCUUCACGCUAUCGAAGAUCUUACAGCAGAGAAAGAGAAAGAAGAUCAAGAAGAUCCACCAGAUCUCCAGGUAAAAUGGAGGCUCCAGCCUGUGGGCCUUCUUAAGCCUUGCAGUGGUCCUGAUCUGAUCUGCAAAGCCAUUUCCAUCAAGGCACACCCAGAUAUGAUGUUAGGUGGGAGGCAGAUAAAGAUGCAGCUGCAAAAGAACAGUUUUUGAAAUGUGCUUCCGAUUGUUCCUGGACAGGUGUGUGAGAGAGAAAAGCAGACACAGGCGACACAGAUACAGAUACAUAGAGGGUGGCCCCAUCAUGUCUGGUCUGGUGUUAAGGGAAGGAGAAUACAGUGGUACCUCGGGUUAAGUACUUAAUUCGUUCUGGAGGUUCGUUCUUAACCUGAAACUGUUCUUAACCUGAAGCACCACUUUAGCUAAUGGGGCUUCCUGCUGCUGCCAUGCCGCCGGAGCACGAUUUCUGUUCUCAUCCUGAAGCAAAGUUCUUAACCCGAGGUACUAUUUCUGGGUUAGCAGAGUCUGUAACCUGAAGCGUAUGUAACCAGAGGUACCACUGUAUUGUGUCAUUGGUUAUGCCUUCCAUUCAUUCACUCGAGCUCAGGGGUGACUAAAUUGCCACAGUGGUACCUUGGCUUAAGAACAGCUUCGUUUGUGAGCAACUUGGAUUAAGAACGCUGCAAACCCGGAAGUAGGUGUUUUGGUUUGUGAACUUUGCCUUGGAAGCAGAACAUAUUCCGCUUUCUGUUGAGUGUGUUCCAUUUGUAAAUUGAGUCCCCCGCUGCUAUGGGAAAGCACGCCUUAGUUUAAGAACAGACUUCCGGAACGGAUUAAGUUCGUAAGCCAAGGUACCACUGUAUUCCUUUUGGUGGGAGAAACAGGGCUUUAAAUUAUUUAUUUUUUUCAAAUUUUAUGUUGCAUGUACAACACCACAACAUACCAACCUUGCUGUUCAUGAGACUUAGAUCAUAGUCCUGUAUUUUAGUCCAAGAAGAUGGUGCCCAUGGUGCCAUGAGAUUUUGGAGUUUCAACCCUACGUCACUUAGCUGGGUUGCCCAAACCAUUUACGUAAAAGGACAAGAUUUUUAAAAUAUCGGGGUUCCCCAUUGGAUUGUAAUUUGUGAGUUGAAAAAUGCAUAGUCGUUACUUAUAAUGGAUUUUAUGGGGUGCUUUUGUUGUUACUAUUAAAUUUGUGCUUUAGAACUGUAUGGGGGGCAGGUCUAUAUACAAAGCUAUAGGAAAGUUAUGAAUCGGGGUAGUCAACCUUUUUAUACCUACCUCCCACUGAUGCACCUUUCUUGAUGGUAAAAUUUCCUUACCGCCCACCAGUGCUCGACGGAAGGAGGAUUCAGCUUGUGCCAUAGAACCCCCUACCACCCACCUAGAAUCCUGAAACACCCACUAGUGGGUGGUAGGGACCAGGUUGACAACCCCUGGUAUAAAUAGUGCUCAGCUCCUUAUUUCAUUCGCUGCAGCUGCUGUGUGUGCCCUUGCCUUCUUUGUCCAGGAUCAACAAGUAAUGGCAUGCUUUUUCCACGUACACUGGCAAAACAGUGCGUUCAGUAUCUCUCCCCCUCCAUUCAGGUAAGGACUUGGAAGAAGCGGUGAGAUGUUUGGGUCCAAGUUUUGUUGAAGAGUACAACAAACAGAAAUCACUCCAAGCGCUCACCCGAGGGUCGGCUUUAAAGAGGAUACCGCUUGAGCCAGAGAAGACUACUGGAAGUGUGAAGAAGACCCCAAGUCAUCCUACGGCUCCUCCAAAGUCUUCCAAGAAAGAUGGCUCAUCAGAUAUUGAUGUCCCAAACAAAGACGGAGUCGUAGCUGAGGAAACAAAUGUUUCUCAACCCAUUCCCUGCAGUCAGGUCAGUAAGUCUUCUGUGAAGGUGUUUAGGCUUAACGUGAGGUCUGGAUCUGGAUUUAUGCAGGGUCAGAGUUCUGGUGUCCUUGGCUCUCUGGUCCCUAGAUGUAGAUGGGCUUUUCUCUGUGGGACCAAACGGGAGCUUUUUGCUUAUAUGGGAGAGAGCUUCCUGCCUCUGAUCCAGUCAUUAACAAUCAUGCCUGCCCCUGGGUUUGCAGCCACAUCCCAUCAUCUUUCAUACCCCAUACUAAAUCACGAUGAAAUAUUGAGAAAUGACUUUUAUUUAGAUAGUUUGUGAAGUCAUUUCAGUGCUUUUUCAAGAGAUGUAAUAUGCAGGUUUUUUAAUCCAUUCUUGCAUUUCCCGCAAUGCUCCUUUAAGUGCACUAUACUUUAACUGUUUCUAUGUGUCUCUUUGUGUCUCUCUGCCUGCAUACAUGAGAGCGAGAGAGCAAGCACACAAAUCAGUAACUGGUUUGAAAUUUGCUUGAAAUACUGUUUCAUUUUCAGUUUUUGACAGACAAAGCCUUGAGUUGUGGUACGAUUCUUCGAAUAUUUGAUUUACCAGAUGAUGGCUAUACAGAUAACGAUAUUAAAAAAAUUGUUCAGCCCUUUGGAAAAGUUAGUGAUAUCUUGGUGCUUCGUGCUAGAAAUGAGGUAAGUACCUUAAAUGCCUAACAUAGAGUUUCUGCAAAAUACCCCAUCUUUUCUGUAAGUCACAUUAGCUGGGGGUAAUCCUAGCACCCAGUAUGCUGACCCCAGCGGUCCUACGUAUAGCCUCUGGUGUGGUUCACAGCAGCUCUGCACAACUGCUAGUAGUAAGCAUGGCACACUGUGCAUUCUUUAAUCUAUAAGCAAUGUGCUUAUUGAUAGAUUAUUGACUGAUUGCUGGAGUAAGGCUAGAAUUUUGAAGACAUCCCUUGGAGGUGUUCUGAGGUGAGCUGUAGCUAAACAGUCUCAAAUUUCUGAUAGUAGUAAUGGAAAAACCUAUUUUAAACCUCACUUUAGAAACUUUAGACUGUUUAGCUACAGCUGUUUUGCAAAACCACUUUAAAAGUUUUCUGUGAACUUUGGCCACUUGGCUCCCAUUCUCAAUUCUCCUGAUGCUCCUUCACUCAAAUCUGAAAACCACAAUGUAAAAGGUUAGAGCAAGAUGUAAAUGAUGAGACUUUUCCUUUUUGUUAGGCCUUUCUUGAAAUGAAUUAUAAGGAGGCGGUAACAGCAGCUGUCAAAUAUGGUGAAACAUCUCCAGUCUUGGUUAAUGGCAGGCGUGUGAAAAUAAGUGUUGCAGAAAAGUCCAAAGUGGAUCCCAGCCUGGUAAGUUUGUGUAAUUUAAGGUGCCUUAUUUCCACAGCAUCUGACAAGGUUUCUUUCCCCACCCCAAGAUGGUGUAUAUGCUGCUUACUUACUUGAAGCAUUUAUAUCCGCCCUUCAUUAUCAUCCUUUUAUUAUUAUUAUUAUUAUUUGUACCCUGGCCAUCUGACUAGGUUGCCCUGCUUACGAUUCAGAACAUUUUACAGCUGUAUAAGAGUUCAGGACAACCAAAAUAAUAAUAACAGCAGCAGGGGUUUUUUUUUAUCAAAAUACUAAUAAAAUCAAAAACAUCUAACUGAAUAAAAAUAAUGAACAAAAAUAAUGUUAAAAAAACUUUAAAAUAAUGACAUUUAAGUGAUAGCGGUGUUAGGUGCCAGGCAUGUCUUCUUAGGAGACUGGCUGUUGCAUUGUUCAUUCUGUUAUCACCAGGUUGGGCACUGCUUUACUUUUGGGUGAAGACAGAGGCAAAGUAGGUGUCUGUCACCCAAUAGCAUUUUUCCGUCUACUUUCCCACUACUUUUUUGUCCUUCCUCUUGCUUGAAGUAUAGCCUUUUUUAUUAGUUUGCUGUCUCUUGCAAUCGUGAGUUACUGCCUCCUGCCAUGAAGGCAGAUCAUGAAGCCAUCAUGGCUAAUGACCAUUGAUGGCCUUGUCCUUUGUGAAUUUAUCUAAUCGUCUUUUAAAGCCAAUCCAGUUGGUGGCUAUCACUGCCCCUUGUUGCAGUGAGUUCCACAAUGUGUGCGGCAUGAAGAAGGAUCUUCUUUUGUCUAGUAGUGUUGGAAGAGAGGGUGAGGGGAAACCUCUCUCCAUGCCAUGAGAUUCCUGCAUUGCAGGGGGUUGGACUAGAAGACCCUCGGGGUCCCUUCCAACUCUUCAAUUCUAUGAUUCUAUGCUUAAUGUUAUAAAUUGUUGCCAUGUCACUUCUUACUCACCUAUUCGCUAAAUGUAAAAAUCCCAAAUGCUGCAACGUUUCGUCCUAGAGCAGUCGCUCCAUCUCCUUGAUCAUUUGGGUUGUCCUUUUCUGAACCUUUUCCAACUCUACAAUACCCUUUUUCAAGUGAGGUGACCAGAACUGUUCCAUUUUGUCCCCGAUGCUCUUUAAUGCCUAUAUGAAGCUACUGGGAGAGCUGGGUGGGUUCUGGAGCAGGCCCUGAACACAGUGAUGGGCUGGCCAGUAACAAAACUGACUCAGGACCAGGGGGAAACCCUGGGGGUUGGUGUUUCCUCAAGUCUAGCAGUUAGUAAGGUAGCCAGCUAUGAACAGGAUGACAGUCCCAUUGAAAAAUGAGAUACAUAUUCUUGGGGUGCUCAUUGAUCCAUUUUCUAGAGACCCAGGCAACCUCAGUGGCUCUGAACACCUUUUGGUUCACCAGCUACAGCCAUUCCUGGACAGGUAUACUUUUCCUACAGCAUGCUCUGGGAACCUCCUGAGUGAAUUAAUUCUAAAGCACGGUAUGUCAGGCUGCACUUGAAGGUGAUCCAGAAGCUGCAAGAAAUGCAGAAUAUGCUAGUUUAGUGGUGGAGCAGUUGCACUGAUGGGUACCAGCGUAGUGGAAAUUGUAGAGCUGGAAAAGGUUGUAGAGCUGGAAAGGGGAAAUUGUAGAGCUGGAAAAGGUUCAGAAACUGUGUGUCAGCCUGCUGAGUCUGUGUGGAAGAACUGUGACCUUGUUGAAACAGAAAACGUGCAUGAAGGAACUGAAAAGGGUAGAUAGGUAUUGAAAAGGCCAUUAAGUCGAGUAAUGUAUGCCAGAGAAUCAAAGUAGACCCCAACACAGAGUGUGUUGUUAGCAAUUGCAUUGUGAGGAGGAGGAGGAGGAGGAGUUGUUGUGGUUCUCAUCUAAUACUGGGCACAAGGAGGCCGGUUUUCAUUGGGACUACACCACAUGUGGAGGGAAGGUUUGAUCUCUCUCCUUCUCCCUGCCCCCUCCCCAGCAGUUAUAACAGUGGCCCAUUUAUCUCUGUUAGGACAGCAAUGUGACUUUCUGCUCAGUCAUUGGGGAAAGGUAUUUCUGUAGCUUAAGGGUUUUUUGCACAGAUUGUGCAUGGGUAUAUUCAUAAAAGAGAAUAUAGAGUAUUAUCUUUUUCAGACCAAAGGAAAUGAAAAGAAGCCAUCACAGAGUAUCAAGAAAACUCCCCCAGGUACACAGGUUGUUAAACCUCCCCCAGACACUCAGAAUGCCAAGAAAGCUCCCCCAAGCCCAAAGAAUGUCAAGAAAGCUCCUUCAGGCACACAGAAUGUCAAGAAAGUUCCAUCAGGCACACAGAAUGUCAAGAAACCUUCUCAAGGCGCCCAGAAUGUCAAGAAAGCUCUAAGCUCACAAAAUGUCAAGAAAGCUCCCUCAACCUCCCAGAACGUCAAGAAAGCCCCAGGUUCACAGGAUGGGAAGAAGCCUCCCACAACCUCCCACAAUGUUAAGAAAGCUCCUUCAAGCUCACAUAAUGUCAAGAAGUCACUUGCAAGUGCAACGUAAGUAUGAUGGCCUAUCACAUUCCUUAAAUCAGCUUUUUAAUUGUUUUACUUUCCAACUUGUGAUUUAUUUUAAUGGGAUUGUGUCCAGCAAUUAAUCCACAAUUUUGUUCCUUUUUUCAGGAAAGAUCAAACUGCUGCAAAAACGUCCUCGGCAGCUGUCUGUGAGUUCUGGUUGCUUUUCCUUCCUUUAUGCUCCAUCUCCUGCAGUUUGGUGCAUUGUGUGCUGAAUGUGGGUGAAAAAAAUUGAAGAAGAAUCUUGCCUAGUCUUCCCAUCAUGCAGGCUUACUGAUAUAUUUGGUUCCCUGUCAGAUGGAAAUGUGUUGAAGAAUGUGGUAGCUGCAUGGAGAAGGGGGUAAUGUUUUUCAGGGGUGGCAAGUUCAGCAAAAUGAGGCCUUGAACAAUUACAUUUUUGGAUCACUGAAGCCUAUUCAUUUUUAAGAAAUACUUUCCCACCAAAAUAUGUCAAACUGAAAUCCUUCUUACUAAUCUCUUGGGCUGUAUUUUUGUUAACGGUGCAGAGGAGAGUUAUCUUUUUAAUAUACUUCUCGUUGGAAGUCCUGGGUUCUUUUCAAAUAUUUGUUCAUUUUAAUGAUUCCUUUAUUCUAUAAUUCUGUUACCAGAACUGAGUUCCUGUUUUGUGCAUUUCUGAACCUUCUUAAGUUGUCUGAACAUAGUCUCGGGGCCACUGUAGUCACUGUGUUUUUUAAGGUUAAUAACUUAAACAGCAACCCCCUUCUAACCAGAUGAAUGUUUUGUCUGAUCACAGCAAAUGAUGACAAAAAGUCUGGAGACUCUCGAAAGGCUGGAGAGACAAAAGUGGCUGUAAAACCAAAAAAGGCUGGAGAUGUCAAAAAGACCGCAGGAGCAAAAACAGGUGUGAAGCAAAAGAAGCCUACAGAUCCCAAGAAGCCUGAGGGGGUCCUGAAAGCUGCAGGAAGGAAGGAGACAGCAGAACCCAAGACAGCUGUGAAGUCCAAGGCAAACGAGACUGGAGGGACAAAGGCUGCUGUGAAACAGAAGAAGCCUCACAGUGGUUCCAGGAAGCCUGAGGAAGCCACAAAAGCUGUAGAGAGUGAGAAGACGUCAGAACCCAAGGAAGCUCUAAAAUCCAAAGCCAAAGAAACGAGCCCACCUGCAGAAGUGCCAGGUAUCUUUGGAGACUCACUUCUGCCAUCCUACUCAGAAGUCAGCCAUAAUAAUAAUAAUAAUAAUUUAUACCCCACCCAUCUGGCUGGGUUUCCCCAGCCACUCUGGGCGGCUUCCAACAAAACACUAAAAUACAAUAACCUGUUAGACAUUAAAAGCUUCCCUAAACAGGGCUGCCUUCAGAAGUCUUCUAAAAGUUUGGUAGUUAUUUUUCUCUUUGACAUCUGGUGGGAGGGCAUUCCACAGGGCGGGCGCCACUACCGAGAAGGCCCUCUGCCUGGUUCCCUGUAACUUGGCUUCUUGCAGCGAGGGAACCGCCAGAAGGCCCUUGGUGCUGGACCUCAGUGUCCAGGCAGAACGAGUUCAUUGGGUUUAUUCCCAGAAAAGGGACUAUAGCAGCCUUUCUCAACCUGUGGGUCCCCAGAUGUUGUUGAACUACAACUCCCAUCAUCCCUAGCUAGCAAGGGAUUAUGAGUUGCUGGAGGGGCAAACGCAGGCCUCAGCAGAGAUCUGAACUGAGUGACUCUGAUGGAUAAGGAUGUGCUAAUGACCGGUUGUAAAUACUGUAAAUACAGACUAUAAAAAACGUCAAGAGGCUCCUGUAGUGAUUGUUGUGAAGAGAGGAGGAAGAUAGAGUUGUAGUCCAACAACAUCUGGGAACCCACAGGUUGAGAACCACUGGAGUAUAGGAUUGCAGCCUUAAAAGUGUUGCUUUCAUUGAGGCAAAUUUUUACCUGUUCCAUAUAAGACAAUAGUCUGGAACAAAAGGAUUGGUUCAGUUUAAAAUUGGCGUUUCCUUGUUCUGGGGUUUGGGCUUUCAACUCCCCAAAUGAACUCUUCAUCAGUGACAGCCACAUUACUUUUUCAUCUUUUAACAAAAUUAUUUUUUAAACACAGAUGUGACAGAAGCUGCAAAGAACAUUGAAGCAAGUGAAUCGGUCACCAAGGUGAGCCAAGAUCCCGGUGGAUGCAAGCAAUUUUGUCCUCGAAAUGCUUUGCAAACAAGGGAGAAACUAUGGAAGAAAGAUUUACAAUUUACAGCAUGCAGCACACUAAAAGAGAAUUUCAUGAAAAUGUUAUAUAAGUCAGAAUCUGAUAUCUGUUGGAAAUGUAAAGAGAAGGAAGGUACCUUUUUAUCCUAUGUGGUGGACAUGCAAAAUGGCUAAGGACUUUUGGGAGAUGAUCUAUAAAGAACUGAAAAACAUGUUUAAAAGGUCCUUUGUAAAAAGACCAGAAGCUUUUCUUUUAGGAGUAAUUUUAGAUAUACCAAGCAAUCAGGAAAAAAACCUGUUCAUGUACGGAACUAUAGAAGCCUGAAUGGUAUAUGCUCAAAAAUGGAAGGAGGGUUUAAUAGCAGCAAAGGAGGAAUGGCAGAUGAAAUUGAUGGAAUAUGCAGAAAUGGCUAAAUUAACUAGUAGAAUAAGAGAUCAGGAAGACAGAGUUUUUAAAGAAAAUUGGAAAAGAUUUGUAGAAUAUUUGAAAACUAUUGUAAACAAAUUAAGAUGUUAGCAGGAUUAGAGUGACGAAACGGAGAAAUAAAGGAAUACGGAUUGAUUAGAAUAGGCAGCAGAAAUUUGGGCUGGGUUUGGAAAAAAAUAAGAAACAGUAGGAUAAUGUUAUGUGAAAAUUCGUCGAUAAUAAUUCUAAUUUUCUUGUUUUUGUUUUGCUUUUCUAGGAAGCAGAAGAGAUGUGUGUGGUUUUGAUUUCUAACCUGCCUGCUUCAGGAUUAACUCCAGAUGAGGUUUCUAAUUUAACCAAGCCCUUUGGAAAACUGAAAGAUGUGUUAAUUGUAUCUUCACAUAAAAAGGUAUUGAGAAGCCAUUUUUCACUGGACAUCCAAAUAAAGAGCAGAAAUGCUCCAUAAAGCAGUAUUUACAUGAACAUUCAUGGAAAACCACAUAAAAUUUCUGCAUAUUGUAACUUUGGAGGAGGCGAUUAUCUGGUUUCAGGUGGCUGAUAUAGAUUUUUUCCUUCUUUUUCAAAAGGCAUACCUAGAAAUGAGUUGCAAAACUGCAGACUCCAUGGUGCAAUUUUAUACCUGCUUUCCAAUGUAUGUGGAGAAGAACCAACUGAGCAUUACUUUGGCGCCUGAAUUCAAAGACAUAAAAGAUGAGGUUGGUAACUAAAACAUUAAGAAAAAUGGGGGGGUGGUGCAAUGUGGUCUUGUGGUAUUCUAAAGAUGAACACAUUUAGAAUGGUAUCUAUUUUAUUUGUCUUUAAGGUGCCACAAGGCUCUUUGUUACCUUACAGGCAUCAACUGUUUGGGGGGCGAAGUGGGGAUGGAACAGGGUAUUUCCCAUCUUUUUCAAUGGUGUUUCAAAUAUGGUCAUCUGUCCUGGAUGCAUUAGCUGAGAUUCCUGCAUUGCAGGGGGUUGGACUCGAUGGCCCUUGGGUCCCUUCCAACUCUUAAGAUUCUAUGCUAUGCAGUUUCACUUAAACGCACGGUGCCUUGGAACGUAACCCCUGUGUAAAUUCGGAGUUGCCUGUGCUACAACCAAUUAAUGCAGUCACAUCUUUGAUCAUCAGCAAAUGGUCUGCUAGGAGCUGCUGUCCUCUGCUUCCUCACAUUUGAUUUAGUUGUGUUUCACUUUUUAUUUAGGCAAAUGUGUUGCAGGACCUGUUUCAAACCCUGCCCUCGGGCCUUUCUUUCUAUAAACAACUUGCUUGAUACCUAGACUGCAGAGGCAGCGGUGCCAAUUAGGAUGAUCUGAGGUUCUGUGCUUGGUGUGUCUGGGCUGGUUUGCAUGGCUCAGUGCUGUGUGCAGGAGCUGAGCCAAGUAUCUGGGUCCACAUGCUCUUCUGCUCCCACUGCCACCCAGCUGGGAGAAGGACUUUGCUAGGGUUUCUGUUCUGUUUCAUAGGAUCCUGGCUCAGCAUUACACAUGAACUAGAGAGUCAUGGUUUAACUCAAUCCCUGGUUAGUUAAGCAAGCCAGCUUCAUAACUCAAGGUGUGGAGAUUUGUUUAGAAUCUGGCCAGUUUUUGGUCUGAACCACAUUCUCUGGUUUGUGCCCAAUGCCAAGAUGGGAUUCUGUGAAAAUGAAAGUAUAUGCUAGCGAAAUCCUUCUUGCUCCUCUACGGAAGAGGGAGGGAGCAUGUAAACCUGAGAAUUUGUUAGGCUUGUUUCAGCUCACCCACAUAGUGCUAAACCAUGGCUUACCAUGAUGUGCAAAGUAUUCGUCUGCCUGUUUAAUCCAGUAAAUAAUCAUGAAUUAACAACUCCCUGGAGUUGGAAGACUAAUGAAAGCGGUGCUGGAAAACAGCUAUGAAAAACGAGUGUGUGUUCGUUCAUGAGCCAGAGCCCCCUUUUGCUAGGGGCAUGGAGUGGUAUUCCUGGGGGGAUAGGUAUAUAUUCACCAUGAGAAUGGGGUGGCGGGGGGGGGAUGUGUUUGCCAAGUGGAGCCAAGGCUGAAUGUUUUAAGAGGGUUGCGGUGCUGAACACAAAUCAAAAUGAGACCCAGUGAAAAUGGCUGUGAUUUAUGUAUAAUCUGUAAAUCCGCAGACACCUUUAGUUUUCUUAAAUAAAUAUUUUUGAUCCCUUUUUCUUUAGGAAGCUAUAUUUGUUUCUAUGAUUAAAGAUGUCAAUCCAAAGGUAAGUAGCAGAAGCGUUACGAAUUGUUAUGUAGUGCUUUUCCUGAUAAUCAUUUUGAUCCCCAUCAUGCUGGCGGCAAGCCUCAGAAUGUCCCAAGUGAAGAGCAGGUGUGAGUAGCUGAAAUACUGUUCUGUGGUCUCCACAGAAUAGAUGGCUUAAGGAAAUGAAUCCAAACCUCGUGCUGCCAGAGAAGGCAGGAAACAGCCAGGCUCACUGGCCUAGCAGACCUGGUGAAAGAAAAAGUCAAACUCCAAAUAGAAACCAUCUGCUCUGCAGUCACUGCUUAACGUGGGACUUUAUGGUGAAGGGUGGGGCAGGAAAUGGGGUACUGUAAAUAGAUAAAAUUGAUGCCUGCGUUUUCUUUAACUAGGUGAACACAGAAAAUAUCCAUUCACAGUUUGUGCAUUUGGGCAACCUGCCAGAUAAGGGAUAUUCAGAACUCGAAAUACUUUGUGUUGGACUUCGAUUUGGACGCGUAGAUCACUACAUGGUGAUAGCAAAUAAGAACAAGGUGGCUGUUCUUGUUUUGGAAACUUCUUUUUUAAGCAGACCUGUUACUUGAUGCACUCUCCCCAGAGCACCAUGACACAGUUUACUAUUGUGGCACAGGAACCCAGUGGCACAGGAAGGUUCUCCCCCACCCCCUCCCCAGCUGCCUUAAAGGACAGCAACAAACUCCUAGAAAUAAUGUCUUUCAGGAAGAAAAGCUCCAUCUGGCUAAUAAGUAAUAUUUACAUGUGUAUCCCUGUACUGACUGCACAAAGGGUAUACUUUAAUGUUAACGUUAUGCAUAUCUUAACUUCUAAGGCCAUUCUCCAGUUGGAUAGUGCUGAGUCAGCUGCAUCCAUGUGCCGCUUCCUGAAAAGGUAUCCACACAACCUUGGAGAAUCACGGUUGACAUUCUCACGCUCACCACAGAUUGAACCGUCGCCGGUAAGUGAGCUUCCUUUCUUUAAACACGUCUCAGUUUUCCAGCUUGUGUGCAUCCGUGGUGGGUUCUGAAGACUCAGCCUGGAUGUGGAUGUUUGCUGUUAAUGCUGCUGGGCUGUUCUUGCCCCCUGGCACGGAAGGUUUGAAAGCUACGCAGUGGUUGGGAAACUGGACAAGAGCUUGCUUGUCUCUAGCAAGGACACAGCAAGUGCAGGAAAACCCUGACUCUGCCCACUCACAACUAAGUCUAGUGCCACCCAAUGGCUAAACUAUGUAACAGUUGUGGGGAAGCUUGAGGCAGCCCAAUGUGGUGGACCAGGCAGUUUUGGCCAAGCCAGACCCACCUGCCCUACCCAUAUAAUGUCAUUUAUGACAUGGUGUGUGGAGCAAGUAAAGACGAGGAUGGGACAGAUUUGGAGUUUGCUGGCGCUGCCAGCCAGCUGAUUGGCAGCUCCUGACUCUUUGUAAGCACUGCCUUGCGAAGGAAGGCACCAACAAUGGGUGUCUCCUGCAAAGCCCUGCACUUUGCAAGAACUGACAAUCAGCUGAUGCUCAGUUACACUCCAACACUCCCUCUUUCCCUGUUGCUUUUGUAGACUCAUCAAGUUGCCAGCUAGGUAUACGGUCCAGUCUUAUUCCUUGACAGGGCUUAAAAUUGGGCAUUAGCAUGGAGUCAGGUGUAAUGGGCAAAGCUUAUAGUUAAGACUGAUUCCUGGGAAGUAAAAAUCGUGCGAUUAAAAGAGCAGAGUCAUGACAUACGAGUUGCCCUGUUUCCAUUUUUUCACUCUCAUUUCUUUUUUGGUUGUUUUACGCAAAAGUAUUUAGUUUUGGACACCUGCAGAAAAGAGCCAAUUGAAGAGCCUCUUUUUCAUUGCUCUUAAAAUUCUAUUGUGUAUCUGUGGGCCGAAGUAUUUCACACGGUUUCUUGUUAAUUGCUUCAAGAGCUCAGAACUGGACAUUGUUUUUCAACAGGCUGAAGUCACAAGAAAGGAGGAGAAGAAACAAGAACCAGGCAACGAAAGGUUUGUUUUUUAAAUAUUUAAAUGUUGUGUGUGUGUGUGUGUGUGUGUGUGUGUGUGUGCGUGUGUGUGUGUGAGAGAGAGAGAGAGAGAGAGAGUAUGCAUGCAUGCAUGUGUGGCUUUUAAGAUUUGUGAUUGAAUAAAGUAGACUGAUUAUCCACCUCACCUUUCCGUGGUAAGCCCAGUAUUCUGAUUUAUUUAGGGUUGUCACUUCUUAUGUGAAACAACUUGUUCUCUGUGUAUCCCUCUCACCCCUCUGUCAAGUUUUGGACUUGUCGUGCAGUCGUAGCUGCUGAAGUCAGCAAGCGUGCCUGGAAUGUGUGCGUACAGUUCAUUUCCAUUAAUAUCCAUGGAACUUUACCAUUGACUUUAGUGGGGUGUGGCCUGAACCAUACACAGUAUUUGCAAUUCAGAUGACUACAGAAAAAUGACAUUGGAAUUAACCAGCUGCAGCAGUGCGUGCAAUUCUGUGUGACAAGCCGGUGUUUUUGAAUCAGUGCUUUCAAGCUCUUUCCAAGUAUAUAAAGAUAUUUUGCUGUGCAAUUCAUUUUUUCAAGGAGUCUACAGUUGACCCUGAAGCUGGUCUAUCAUGUCACGCUAUUUAAGUGUAAUAGAAAAGACCAUUAGCAGUUUAAAGUAUCCCAAGAACCAUGUGCUAAAUGCAUAGUGCAUCCUGUCAAGUGUUCACACAAUAUAAAAUUAUGGAUGAGAUACACAGAAUUUUAAUGACUGUAUUUAUAAUUAAUUUGCAUCAAAGAGAAUAGGUUAAAGUAACAAGGGUUUUUUUCUGUAGGUGGAAAAAAGAACAUUUUUGUUUUCAAAAUGACUUCUGCACCUCAAAUUAUCUUCCUAGAUUCUUCUUAAAAGGGAGAUGCAUGCACAACUUUAUAGCCUACAGAUGUAGUUAAAAUAAUUGUACUCUGGCUAGCAAGUACAUUUGAAAAUUAACACCCGGGGUGUUUGUUACAUCAUAAUGCUGCUAUGUACCCGAUUUCACGUCUAAUAAUACUGUGUUUUUCCCCAAAGCUCUCAUCUACACACGUGCAGCCUGCUUAGUUGUUGAUGAUAUGCACCUGCAAUGGAAGUAUAACACACAUUUCUAAUCCGGUAUACAUACACUUGGUACAUGCAGAACACCAGGCUCAUUUGGUAACUCAUUGUCUCCUUACUUGAGUGUAAACGUUGGGUCCUGAGAUACUGCAUCUGAAGGAAGCAUUUUAACAUAACCGCUGUUGAGGAAGCCCAUGUAACAGAGUGACUUUGCAUGGGUCACACCUGAGACAGUUUUAUCUGCUGGCUUUUUGCUCAAAAAAACCCCCCCAAAACAAACCAACCACACACCCUGUUCUCUGUUCCAAGGAAACCAGCAGCAUGGCUAGUAGACAUAAAGCUUGUUCUUCACUGAAUCGUUUGCGCUCAUGAUGGAAUACGGCCAGAAGAAAAAAAAUUAAAUUGUGGAGUACAGAAAGAAGGCAGAUUUUUCUUUUUACUUGCUCCCCUGACCUUACUCUGUUGGGGAACAAAUGGACGCCAUAUGUUUUUAUGGUUGAUCGGAUGUAAUAGAUGAAAUCUUGAUUAAUAAACUGUGUGUCACUUCUUCACAAUGGCUGUCACUUCAUCUUCUGGAUGAGUUGAUGGACCUGCUUGUUCUGAAUGUACUUCGAUACCUCCUCCCAUGAUGGCAUGUUUUCGGCAAACAGUUUUUUCCCAGAACCAGGUGGAGGUGGCUGAAGAUGAACUGAGCUUCAGAUGAAGAACAGCUGUGUGUGGCUCUUUUGCCUCACUCACGUGUGGCAUGCUUUUUAUGGGUUGUCCUUUCCAUUAGCUUCCUCAAGGGUGCGAGACUGCAACAGCAAGUGGGGUUGUGUGUCUGGUGCUUCCUUGACUUGUUUAAAUUAUUGCACCCUGUUGAUAGAAUCUUGAUGUCACAACUCUAUCAUUCCUGAAAGCUCCAUCUCUUUGGCAGGAUUUUAUUCUUGGCUGUGAAUUCUCCUUUUUUUUUUUUUUUUUGGUCUGUGCUUUUCUUGUCUGACAGAAGGUCCUGGAACUCUUAAUCUCCCAAAUGAAUUGCUAAAGUUCACUUCCUGCACCUAAAAAACAAUUUUUUAAGGACUGAAUCAUUGUGUGAGUAGCUUCUCUUCUUCAAGAAAGGCUCCCUUUUGGUUGAGUAGUAUGACCAACCUAUCUGGGAAUUUUCCUGUUUAGAUUCACCUGAAAAGAGUCACAUGUGCAAGCUGUGUUGUUGAAAGCCCAAAGAGAAGGGGAUAUAUGUGUUAAGCCAAUCUCGGUUGGAUAUCUUCACAAUUUAGAAACAUGUUCUUUGCAGUUUACCUCUGAAUUCAUGCAGCUGUCUAUCCAAGCCAUACAGAUGUGUAUUACUCAGGAACUUUUUUGUUUCCCCCUGGAGUUCUGUAAAUUCACUAAUGCCAUGAAGUUGAGCUGCGUCACAUCACCAAUCCCAGCUGGAAGGUCCCAUCUUUAUUUGCCAAAAGUUGGAGGAACCAUACUGUUUUUGCUUGGUUCGGUUCUGGAUCCUGUUUGCUGUGCUUCAUUAUAGUGUGCCUUGCACUCCUUACUCUCCUAGUUUUAUUUACUCAAAUACGCAUCAGCAUCCCCUUUGCAAGUCUCAAAAUCCAUGCCUUUUGUGCUUGACCAUUUAUUAUUAUUAUUUAUUAUUAUUUAUUCAAUUUGUUUACCACCUUAUACCUGUAGAAUCUCGGGCGAUUAGCAGCAUAAAAUCGAAAUAUGAAAAAGGAGAAAAUUAAUAAUAAUAAUAAUAAUAAAACAAAGAUAACCCAAUAAUCCAGCCUUCCACAACACAAUCAGUCAGCCCAAGGCAUGGUUGAAGAGGAACGUUUUCGCCUGGCACCUAAAGGUGUAUAAUGAAGGUGCCAGCCAAACCUCCCUGGGGAGAACAUUCCACAAAUGGGAAGCCACCACAGAAAUGGCCCUGUUCUCUUGUUGCCACCCUCCGGUCCUCUCGAGGAGGAGGCAUAAGAAGAAGGGCCUCAGAAGAUGAUCUCAGGGUCCAGGUAGGUUCCUGAGAUCUUCUCAAAUUUAGUGAUCUCAAAUUUUUAUUUCUGUUACUUAGCAAAAUUUAUAUACUGAUUGAUUGAUGUAAAACCUCAAAGUGGUUUGCAAGAAAUAUUAAAAUUAUCAAUGAGAACAUUAUUUUUGCAUAUAUUUUACUGCUUUGUAGUCCUAUUUUUUGAGGUUUGAUGUUUCCUUUUGGAAUUGCUCCUGCUUGGGCAAGACACUCCCCCCCCCCUUAAUCGAUUGUGAUAGUGGCAGUUCUUCUCCCAUCAAUUGCCUGCACAGUUUACACGCCUCCCCUUUUCAUUUGGUUCUGCAGAAUACAGCACACUAAACCCUGCCAGUUGUGCUUUUGUGGGGGGAGGUUGUUAUGGAGCUUUUAUUUUGCCCUCUUUCUGAGGGCGCCUGACUCACUUCACAUAACAUGUAGAGCACCCAGUUUGGUGUGUGAUCAUCUUUCAGUUGUAAUAUGUGAUAUCUUAGCAUCCUUUCCUAGGUCAUCAAAGCAGAAUUGCCAUUACCCCAGCUUUGAAAUCAUUCACCUCCAGGUGGAGAUUAUUCUAGAGAUACACUAGAAUGGGCUUUCAGGAGGCACCAGUUUGGCUGUUGCUGGAAGCUCGAUGGACCAAAUAGAGCCUUGAUCUGAUUGCAGCAGGACCGUUUUUACAUUCCUAAUAAUUAUGUACUUGUAAGUGGAAGUUUUCUGGAAUACUGUACAUUGUCGCCUUGAAUUUGGUUAUUUUGGAAUCUAUCAGAAAGCUGAAAAUGGACUAAAGGCUCAGCGAGUGUGUAUGUGUGGACAUUUCCACUCUUGUCUGUCUCAUUUCAGUUCUCUAGGUAACACCCCAUUUAGCACCCAUAUUUCUGGAGCGGAACUGCAGGAAGGUGGAUAACAGAUCAGGAGGAUUUCCUAUUCUAACUUUAAAUUGGUUUAUAUCCACAGCCAGAGCUAUGCGUCCCUGUGUUCUGUCUGUCUUUCUCCCUACCUAAACUUAAACCUGACCUGUCAGCUCCAAGGUACACAGAGCACACAUGCAUACUGACUAGUACCAUUAGAGAAAUGCUAAGAUGCCUGCCAUGCUGAAGCAACUUAAGAGAGAGGUAAACUAGAAUUUGGCUCAUUGUGAAAACCAGUUUGGUUGUUAGGCCAGAUUUCCUAAUGCUAAGCUCUGUUGCAUCAGGAAAUCCCAACCGUUGGCGUCGAGGGGUUAUUGAUUACUGUGGAGUUCUCAACAUAGCUUGAUUUCUUCUGUUUUUUUAAAUAUAUUUAGCCCUGACUUGAACGCAUUUCCCGAAGGAUCAGGAGGGGUGCACCCAGCUGCUGUUCCUUCACCAAAGCCUCCUGAGGCCAAGGAAGAACCAAGUUCUGAUCAGAAGCCUAGGAUUCCAGAAGAGAAGACUGAAGAAGACUCAAGACCCGUUGAGAAAGUGGUAUGUGAAGUGGCAUCAGAACCAUCAAAGACAGAAGGAUCAGAAGAGGAUUCUGGAAUUGGAGCAACAACCACACCUACUACACCAGUUGAUUUAGGAUCAUCUGAAGUAAAAUCUGAAGGAGUUCUUCUUACUUUGCCAUCCAAUUUGGAGAAGGAAGAAAAAAUUACAGACACCUCUAAUGAAGAAUUUCUGGAAAAUGCACCUGCAGCUGCUGGAGAAAACAAAACUGAAGAAUUAGCCACUCCUGUUGGUAAAUCACCGGAAGAAUUAUCCAGCACGACUGAAGCGGAGAGCAUAGGAGUAGACUCUGUCACAACUGUGGAAGGAGAAGACACAGUUGCUGCCACCUCUGAGACAUUUCCAGUGGACUCUGCAGAAGUUGCCGUGGAGGAAGUGUCAAGUGGCAAUGUACAGUCAGAUAACAAGCCAGUAACCCAAGAGGCAGAUAGUACUGAAGCAUUACUUAAUACAUCAGAAAUACCUACAUAUCAGGUGAUUGGGGGGGUGAUAGACAAGGAAUCUGAAAUCCCCUGUUCCGCAGCUGAAGCUAAUACAGUGGUGGAAUCUGAGGCAGCGGUGCUGGAAGCUGUGGAAGUCACAGAGGAGAAACCUGAAUUAGUCAAACCUGAACAUGUAGUCAAGACGGAGACAACUUUAGAGAAGCAACCUGAAAGGCUGGUAUCAAAUGAUGGACCAACCAAGGAGGAGAAACCUGAAAAGAUUACAGACGACAAGAGUCCUGAACAAAUUCUACCCAAGGCACAGCCCAGUAAAGGACCGGGACAAGCGGUUGAAUCCGUCAGUCUUGCAUCAGAAUCAGCAUCCAGUGCGGAGACUACUUCUGUUAGUGAAAGUAUGCUAAAGGCUCCGAUGUCUGUCCCAAAUGUAUCCAAGACGAAAGCUCCGACUCUGAGAAAAGAGGAGCAGAAGCCUCCUGCGAAGCCGGCAACCAGGAGCCGCACAGUCACUGAAAAGAAAAUGGUGUCAAAAGAAGCGAGUCAGCAAAGACCUCCGAGCGGCAGGUCAAACGUGACAGAUGGCGGCAAGUCUAAGACCAACGUACGUUCUCUUGUUGUUAAGUUAGGCAUUGGGAAGAGUUCGUCGCUGCCAGACAAGGACUCCCCAGUGGAAACUAAGGGUAGCUCAAAGCAGACCCCGGAGCGAGAGAGUAGAUCAUCCAGUGUGAAGCGAGACAGCGGCAGCAAUAAGGUGAGAAGGGCUAAAGUGCUGGCUCCUUGUGACUGGCUGGUAACUAACGUUGACGCUUCUUCCAGAUCCUGAACCAGUGCAGUGGUAGCCUGGGCCCAGUUCCCUUCCCUUUCCUCUAAGCGGUUGCAUUAAGCGGGGCAAACAGGCAGGCGGGGGUCCUGCCGUCUCUAGAUUCAUGGCACGCACAGCUUGAAAGCGGUUCACUCGGAAGCACUCGGUGGACGGGAACAACUUCUGGGUAAACCUGAGGGUAGAGCACCAGCUCUUCACGGUGCAGUUCUGAAUGGGCGGCAAGUAUUGUUCAUUCUUUCCCUUGCUGCGCUGUCUCCUCUGUCGUGAGGUGAGGCUUUCUGUGUCGAAUCCUGACGGUUUUGCACAUGCUGGCUGCUGAGAACGGACCACUUAUUCAUGAGGUGGUUGGUGCGCUCAAUACCCGGAUCUUAAAAAUGAUUGGCACGGUCUUAACUUUCUUAGCGUGUAAUGAAUUUCAUCCAAGUUUAAAGGGGGAAGUCGUGUAUCGGUGAGCUUGCAAUUCUGUUGUUUUGAUUCUUGUUCCCCUUUCUAAAUUUUCUUCAGGUGUCUGCUGGGAGAACUGCUAGAAGUUCUAAAAGCUGCACAAAACCAAAAGAGGUAAGGAAAGAAACAAAGCAAGUGACAGCAUUAGAAUUACAAUCAUUUCAAGAAGCACCUGAAAUAAGGUCUCUGCAGUGAGUUUUUGAAGGGGUAUUUUUUCUUACCACUUUCCUGUCGACUAAAAAAUUAUUUUAAUUCUCAUGGUCAUAUAAUACCACAACCGGAGAAAGCUGCUAUGGCUCAGAACUUAAGACUCUAGAUUUCCUUAAGAAAGAUGGGCACUGGAUGAUGAUGAUGAUGAUGAUGAUGAUGAAACAAGGUGAGGGUCAUUUUUCUGACCUAUUCUGACCUUUUGUUUGAACAACUGAUGGAACUGAACACGGUUCCACUUAAAUUUUGGAUUUGGAUUACAUGGGUUGUGUUUCCUGCCCUGGAGCAGGGGGCGAAAACCAGCCUAUGCCGUUGGUGUGAUUCGAGAGAUGAGAGAGGGAAAGUGUGAGGUGGGGCAGGUUCUGAGUUUUUUCUACAAACACGGCAAUUGCUUCAUAGCAGUAACAAUAAUACCCCAGUUUUUCCUUUUCCUUUUUUUAAAAAAAGGUUGCCACAUUUCUUCUUCUUCAAAGUUUGGGUUCCUAGGAACUUUGGUGGGUAAAGGGUAAAAAGUUGCUGCAUUUAAAUUACAGAAUUCCCUUCCACAAGAUGUAAUGGCGGUCACCAGCUUGGAGGACCAUCCAAGCAGAUGAGACACAUUCACAGAGGAAAAGAUGCUCAUCUACGGUUGCUCACGGCAGCUAUGUUCCACCUCUCCCGUCAGGCAGGAGGCCUCUCAAUACCAGUUGCAGGGAGGGUGUAGUUGUUGCACACAUGACUUGCUUGUGAGCUUCCCCAUGGUGCCUGGUUGGCUGCUGUGGGAACAGGAAUCUGGACUGGAGGGGCCUUUGCCUUGAUCUAGGGUUUGGUUUGGUUUUUGGUUUGGUUUGGUUUGGUUUGUUUGUUUAUAAAAUUUGUAUGCACCCCUUCAUCCAUAGAUCUCAGGGCGGUUCACAACAUAAAAUUGCAAUAUAUAAACCGCAAAAUACCUGGUCUAUGUUCUUUAGUCAUGCUAAGCUCAAAAGCCUUUACUUACACCCCCAUUUUAGGGCAAAGCCCCUCCAGAUAGCAGCUUCUAUAAACAGUAGUUAAAGACACAAAUCCUGUGUUUGUAUGGCCAUGGUAAAUUUCUGUUUCUAUAUUCACCUCUUUGGUUUUGAACUGCCCUUACUGGGAAUCAUUGUCACCAUACCUCUGCUGAUUUCUCUUGCUCGCUAUAGCUGGGCUUUGUUUUUCUUUUGUAGGAAGAAGAGCUUUCUCCAUUUAACUUGGAUGAGUUUGUGACCAUGGAUGAAGUUCUAGAGGAAGUGGACUCUCCCACUCAGCCCAGGAGAAACCCCGUACGGGGCAAAAGGAAGGAUCACACCAAGAAAAGCCUUCCUUCUGAGCCGAGUUCCAAGAAAAGGAAGGGCAAGAGCUCUGCGCACGUUGAUGAGAAUGAGCUUUCCUUUGUUACUCUGGAUGAGAUUGGAGAAGAUGAAGGUGGAAUGUUGCAGGCUGAGCUUCUGAACUUGGAAGCCGUGCCAGAUUCCCAGACUUUGGUCACGGUGGAUGAAGUGAACGACGAGGAGGAGUUGAUUGAUGAAGUGAUCAAAGAUCCACAGUCACUUGUUACUUUAGAUGAGAUAUCAGAGCAAGAAGACCCUAAGGAUGCGUUCGCUUUAGGGGAUAAUGAGUCGGACCUUAAAGCAGAGCCCUUAGUCACCGUGGAUGAAAUUGGAGAAGUGGAAGAGAUGCCGCUAAGUGAGCUGUCACAUUUCAAGGUUGGCGAGGCCAUAAAAUCCAGGGAGGGUGAGAAGCAGGUUGUUGAGGAUCCUGGAGAGGAUCCUGGAGAUUUCCUUUCUUCUCAGAUCCCAGAAGAUCCCAGCACUCUAGUUACCGUGGACGAGAUCCACGAGGACAUCGAUGAUCAGCAUCUGGUGACUUUGGAUGAAGUGGCGGAAGAUGACGAAGACUUCCUGGCGGACUUCAAUCGCUUGAAAGAAGAUCUUAACUUUGUUACUGUAGACGAGGUUGGAAGCGAGGAUGAGGAAGAGGGGAAAAGUGACUCUCCUCCCCCCGCAGAAGUGAAAGAGUCAGUUGCUGGAAGUAUAUCGGGAGGAGAGGUUGUCAUGGCAGUAGCUGAACCAGAAGAGGAUGUGGCCAAGCCAGAAGAAGCUGGAGCUCCAGGUGAAUCUCUGGCCGAGGAGAGAGAGCAGGCCUCAAAGGAACAACUUGAAGGAACUGAGGCUCAGGCAGAGGAGCCUCAAGAGGAGACCUGCAUUUCUGUGGCCGCCACAGUUGACAAGCCAGCUGCCUUAAUAGACACAAAAAUGGAUGAAGGAAGAGAUGAAGAAACAAGCCGGACGCCUGAAGCUGACACAGGGUGUGAGCAGCCAGUGGCAGGUAGGAAUGGAAUUAUGUCUUAACAGGGCUCAACCCCAUGGAAGAGGUGAAAGCCACCUGAGCAAAAGUGUCGGAAUUAUAUAUGCAACCUUCUACUUGCAGAACCAAUAUUGAACCAGGCAGAAAUGCCAGAUAGCGAGAGCAGUACAAGGGAGGACCAGCCACCACCUGGUGAGAUUUAUUUACUUGAGUCUUGCAUGUCUCUCCUGCUUUUCCUUCCAGGAGCUCAAGAGGGCAGGCAAGUUGCUUCUCUCCCCAUUUUGAUCCUGUGAGGUAGCUUCAGGCUGAGAGACUUGACUGGCCCAAGCUCCCCUAAAGAGCUUCAUGGGGAUUUGAACCCUCCUCUAGCUCAGAGUCCGACACACUUGCCACACUGGAGGCUCAUGCAAAGACGAGUUCCUGCGUGAUGUACCUCGCAGUUAGGCGUGUUGCAAGAAAGGAACUCUGUUGUUUCUCUUUCCACUAAUCUGAGCUCAUGCAAACUCCUUUAAGAGUCUCUAGGUGCCACUGAACAUAGGCUCUCUUGAGAGAGAUGGCCUAUUAGAAACAUAUUACCAAGAGGUCCACACUAGGCAAAUUUGGAGUUCCAGGCAGGACUCAUGAAAUUCCUUGCAGCUUGGGCCCUGCAUGCCUUAGUCUCUAUGUCCCAUUUAUGGUCCCUGAAGUUGCCUUGUACACUCAUAGUGUCACAAAGGUUUUAGACAUGUUAGUGCUGGGGGACAUCCAGCCUGCGGGCCCACAAGGCUUUUGUCCGGAAACGUACUUUGCAUGAUUCUCUUUUACGAUUCUCUGAAUGGGUUUGGUUGUCUGGAUGCAGAAUUUUGAGAAAUGUUUGUCAAAACGAAAAGAAGGGAAGUCUGCAUUUUGAAGAUCACAGUAUUGCAUGAAUUAAAAAGAUGAAGCUCUUAAACUGCUUAUGUUUGGCAAUGAUUAUUAGUCCUUACUGAUAAUGCAACUCCAAACUGUUGUUAGUUCCUCAAGAUCUGAGGAAGAGUAACUGAGCUGUCUGACAUUUAUGCUGAACUAGAGCCGGAUAGUCUUGGAGAGGGUGCUGUUGGCAGAGAAGCUGAUACGGAAGUUGAAGAAAGCUCUGCAUCCACUGCCAGUGAGGAGAAAGCAGGAGAAAAUGUGCAGAUACCUUCCUCAGAUGUGAGUGUUUCUAUGGCAGACAGUCAGGCCACGGCCACAGCAGAACUGGACACAAAAUCUGAACCUCAAGACAAGGUUUCCGGUGCAGAAUUGAAGGAUGAGAGCUGCAGUGAGGUGACGUCUUCACAACCUUCUGAGAAGCCUGAAAAAGGUAGGAGCCAGAAAGCAGUUUUGUAGUUUUUAUGUUCUUGGUUUGAGUUAGGUGAAAGCUGACAGAACAGCCCAACAGAUGCUUGCAGUUGUUUCUAUCAGGUAGUCUCUCCAAACCGUUCAGCACCUCAGGCAUGGUGCAUCUGUGUGGCUAAGAGACGGAGCUAUGACUCAGGAAGGCCAUGGCUCACUUUUUUAAUCUACCUUGAACUCACUAAGGGGCCUUUGGUAAGCCACACCCUUCGCCUUCAUCCUCCCAGCCACAGUAUGGGAACAAUAAUACUGACUUGCCUUAUAAAAUUGUAAGCACUGCAACAUCAUUGCUGUUAUUUGUCGUAAUGGUAUUGCAGUCAGUGCAAGCCAAUUUUGAGUAUCUGUAUUUGCAAGUGGAGAGCAAAUUGUUGCUUCAGAUGCAGUGAGCAGGCGGUAAAGCUCCCAGUUCAAAACCAGCUGUCUAAUGGAUUGCUUUAAGAGAUAUUGGCAAAGUAACCCGUCAGUGCCUCUCUGCUUGUGUUUGCUGAGCUCUUUCACAUUCCACCUAGGAGUAGGGAGGCACAAUGGAGGUAGGAAAAGCAAUGCUCCUUGACAUCACUCCACAAGAGCCUAUUACUGCAGCUAUGCUUCGAUUGGGAUAGCCUCGCCCUGGUAGUGUGCUGGCCUGUCCUUGAGGAAUAGAGCUCAUGUAAGAAGCUGCUGCAAAGUUGCUAACCACUGCGUCUGUACAUGGCUAUAUGCUACCAGAUCCAGAUAAGUUCUCCGUAUUAACUUGUGAAGCCAUCCAUUGCAUGGGACCGUAUCAGCCAUCUUGGAUCCUGAAGUCAGCAAGGGGUGCUUAUCUCAUCAUCCCACCAGCAAGCUCAGCUGCGUGCUGAUGCAAGAGAGAACAUUCUCUGUCGGCCUCCUCCCUGCCGCCCCCCCCCCCCGAUUGUAGGUCUUUCUUCCUCUGGAGGCAUGGAGGGCAGUAACUCUGAUGGGUUUCCACCAGCAAGUAAAGACAAUGUUCUCCCAGGCAUUUGGAAUAAAUUACUGAAUGCCUCUUACUUGGUUUUAGUACUUGCUGUUAAGGCUGAAAGAAAUGCUGUAUCCUCAGCCCUGCUGUAUACUUCAGAUCAGGCACCCCCAAACUUGGCCCUCCAGAUGUUUUGGGACUACAACUCCCAUCACCCCUAGCUAACAGGACCAGUGGUCAGGCAUGAUGGGAACUGUAGUUUCAAAACAUCUGGAGGGCCAAGUUUGGGGGUGCCUGCUUCAGAUGAUUCCUGUGUGUUUUUAAUAUGUUGGAAAUUGCCCUCUGAUUCCCAUGCAUCGUGGAAAAUGGUCUGCAAUUUGAAAGCGAAGCUAAAUGCGAGCCCCAGUGGAUCGAAAAUUUAAAAAGAGAGAUUAGAGCUAGGAUUAGGUUGAGGUUAUGAAGGGGUUCAGGUGAAGCAGGCAGACAAGAAAUCUAAUGAGCCAAGCCACGUAGGCAUCAUUGGAGACCCUUCUCUGAGCAUCCUCACCUGGUGUGGCGUAGCUGGUGGCUAAGAGGGGAAAGGGCCUUUUCAGUAAUACCCACCAUUGAGUCAGUGUCAAAUAGGGGUGUCCUGACACUGAGGACUUAUUGCUGAAGGCAGCCCUGUUUUGGGAAGUUUUUAAUGUUUGAUGUUUUAUUCUGUUUUUAAUCUGUUGGGAGCUGCCCACAAUGGCUGGGGAAACCCAGCCGGAUGGGUGGAGGUAGAAAUAAUAAAUUAUUAUUAUUAUUAUUAUUAUUAUUAUUACAGUGGUCUGGUUUGCAUGUAACAUUAAAACCAGAUUCUGGCUUAGCUUGAAUCUGUAGGCAUGCUGGUGCAUGGAGCGAGAAACAAAGCUGUUUUGCCUCUCCUCCUCUCCUGCUGCUGCUGCCUUUCCCUACAAAGUGAAAGCUUUGCUUAGUGUUUUGCGCAAACCUGGGGAGACAAAUCAGGGUUUGCCUAGGGUUGCACAUAAUCAUGGUUUAGCUCCUGGGAGCGGGGGGCGGGGGGCAAAGCAGCUGCUGUAUUCCUGCUGUGUACCAACACAGUCUCUUAUUCAUGCUUCUCCGUAGUUUAUUUUUAUAUGUGAACAUGGCGUUGUUACUAUACUGCAUCUCCUAGGGGGGGAAAUAUGUAUGCUAAUUAAAAUGUUGCUCUUAUAGAUUUAACUGACUCAGAAUGCGAGGAACCAGAGUCUAAACGGAGAAAAACAGAUACUUCAGAGAAAUCCAAGGCUCCAAGCCAGUUGAAAGGUAAGAUCGUGUUACGUUCUACAAUAAAAAGCGCUUCAACAUUCUUAUCACCUGCUUCCUAUUUAACUCUUUACUAAUUCAGCGGUAAUUUGUGGUGAAUCUUUUGAUCUGUCCCCACAUUUGGGAUGUAACAGAGUUGGGAGUUGCUGUUGCUGUUGCUCUUUAAGCAAAUGAAGCAGGUUUUUUUGUCUUGGUUUUGCUCUAGUAUAAGAUGUGUGGUCCUGCAUCCACAUGUGGUAUCCUGUGGAAGUGACCUGAGGACUUCUUUCUGUGUUUUGCAUGACAAUAUUAACAGUGACAUGAAUCUUACAGUUUGUUACCUGUGAUAAAAUUAGCAGUUUAUCCAACUGCUUCCUAAAUACCUGUCAUGGAUACAGAGCCUAUCCAUCUCCUGAAGUGCCUCUAUAUCUCUCUAAUACAGAACUAGCAUAAAUCAAUUUUAAAAAGCUUAAACAGCCCAAGUAGCAUAAAUAACCAGACCUAAAUAGCAUAAUUAACAAAGCAACGUAAAUACAAAAAACAGUAUAAACCGCUUAAGCUACAUACAGAGGUAACAUAGCACAAAUAAGCUAAGUAUUAUAACUACAUGGCAAUGCUAGGUCAUCUGAAAUUAUGGUUUAUAGGUAUAGUAGUUAUGAAAACUGUCUUAAGCCUCAGUGCUUUCUGAAUCAUUGUCACAAAAGGAAAUAGAUAACUUUUGCAUUUGUAAAGGGAGUCUUCUGGUUGUUGUGGCCUUUUGUGUCCUUUUUCCUCUUCCCCUAUCUGGGCAAAAUAAAAGGAUGACUUGGAUUUGCACUUGUUAAUGUGUGUGUCCUUUCUCUUUUAAGAUUUGGAUUUCCUUGUUCCAAAGGCUGGCUUUUUCUGUCAGAUCUGUUCCUGUUUCUGUGUGGAUGAAGCAUCUAUGAAAACCCAUUGCCAAUCUCAGCUCCACCAGGAAAAUAUGGAGGUAAUACUUACUUGUUUUGUUUUGUGCUUCCUUCUAGUGAAUGAAAUGUUUUUACUGAAAAAUGGAAGUCCAUUUCUCCUGGAGUGUGACGUCUCAGGCACUAGGAAGGCACCGGGGGCCUUUGUAAAUCAGAUAAUUGUGAAGUUGGAAGGGACCACAAGGGUCAUCUAGUCCAACCCCCUGCAAUGCAGGAAUCUUUUCCCAGCGCGAGGCUCGAACCCACAGCCCUGAGUUGGGAAAAGAGUUAUGCUCUACCAAGUGAGCUGUCCCAGGCUUCUGCAAAAAACAUGCCAUGUUUCUGUCCCAGGAGGUCAAUCUUACUUAUAUGUGGUCAUUAUCUCCAGAUUCUCUGUACAUAUGCACACAUGCAUAUAAAAGAGUGCAACUGACCCUAGCAGCAGUGCGCUAUGAGGGGCUCAUUAAUCUCAGGGCAAACUAUACUUUAGGGACGCGGGUGGCAGUGUGGGUUAAACCACAAAGCCUAGGACUUGCUGAUCAGAAGGUCGGCGGUUCAAAUCCCCACGAUGGGGUGAGCUCCUGUUGCUCGGUCCCUGCUCCUUCCAACCUAGCAGUUCGAAAGCACGUCAAAGUGCAAGUAGAUAAAUAGGUACCGCUCCGGCGGGAAGGUAAACGGCGUUUCCGUGCGCUGCUCUGGUUCGCCAGAAGCGGCUUAGCCAUGCUGGCCACAUGACCCGGAAGCUGUACGCCGGCUCCCUCGGCCAAUAAAGUGAGAUGAGUGCCGCAACCCCAGAGUCAGUCACGACUGGACCUAAUGGUCAGGGGUCCCUUUACCAUUUACCUUUUAAAGUAUACUUUAAUGCCGGUUUUAAAUGCAUUUUAACUUGUUUCCAACAAGUUUACUUUUUAAUGUUGCAAGCAGCUUUGAGCCCUGCUUAGGGAGAAAGUGAUAUAUAGGUAUGUUAAAUAAAUAAUAAAUCUGAUUUGGGGGUCUGUGACAUUUUAGAAGCUGAAGGUCCUGCCCACUUGCUACCCAGUCUCCUAACACCCAGAUUCCCAAGGCUAGAGUGUCCUAGCAUACUGGCCAGUCUUCUCUGUGCAGUCACACGCAUGGGUCCAGAGCCAGUGCAGACAUCAUUUUGAACUUUCUAGAGCCAGGCUAGCGUUUGGCAGGCUGCCCACCCCCACCCUCGGGGCUUUGCCCCUCUCCUAAAUGAACACCCUCAAAGCCAGCAACCAGGGGAGUGGAAUGUCACCUGAGCAACGGCAAUAAAUUCAACAAUAAAAGCGUUCCCCUCAAAAACCUGAGAAGUUCUCAGUCGCUGCAAAAGCGUUUGUUUCUGUGUUUCUCUGCAGAAAUUCAUGAUCAAGAGUACAGCGGAGGAAAAGAAAAAGGAGGGUGACGGGGAAGCCGAGGAGCAGAGCUCGAGGUGA